AACGCACGCCCAGGCGGAGAGAGAGAGAGAGACAGAAGGCGGACGGGCGCGCGCAAAGGCGAGGCGCGCCCUCUCCGCGCGCGGUUCCGCCUCCCGCCGCGGUUGCUGCUCUCUUUCGCCGGGAGCUGGCGGCGCGGGGGAGGCGGGAAGCUGCCAUGUCCUCCCCCAAGAAAGGCUUCUACCGGCAGGAGAUCACCAAGACCGCGUGGGAGGUGAGGGAGCGCUACCGGGAGCUGCAGGCGGUGGGAUCCGGAGCCUACGGCGCCGUCUGGUGAGUCUGGAGCGGGGCGAGGGGAGGAAGGAGGACCCCGGGGUGCAGGGCGAGGAGGAGCAGCAGGCGAAGCAGCCCCGGAGGAAAGCGGGGCGAGGGGGUGGGGAGAGACUCUAUCCAAGUUCCCCAGCGAUCCCGGAGUCGCCGGAGGGGGAACAAUGGGCGCCUCGCAACUUCUGCUUCCCCGCAGACUCUGGAAAAAGGGGGCUGGGGGGUUUGCGCGCUGCUGCUGCUGCUGCUGCUGCUUGCGCGCUCCACACACAGCCUUCCCGUCUGCGCUCUCAGCUGCGCCUCGCCAAUUCGCCGCGCGCCCGGUUCGGCGGAGGCGAUCGGGCGCCGAAUUCGAACCCAGCGCUUCGUACUUCUUCUGCUCGCCCGUCUGAAGAUUAAGAGCUGGGGAAGUGCAGGGGUCUGUGGUCGGAUAAGCUUGUUUGGGGGGGAAAUGCACAUCUAUACGGUGACCCACCCAUACCCUCCAAUAUUUCACAAAUGAAAAUAGGGACGUCCUAUUUAAUCAUAAUCAGAAUAUGCUUAUUUAUACCCUGUCCAUCUGACUGGGCUGCCCCAGCCACUCUGGGCAGCUUCCAAACAUAUAAAAACAUAAUAAUAAUAAUAAUCACAUAUAAAAACAUAAUCCUAGGGGGCCGAGGUCCCUUCGCCGCCCUCUCCCCCUAAAAUAUUUGAGGGGGGAAGUGUAAGGACAUUGCCAUUCAAAUGGUGUGCAUGUGCCGUGUCAUGUGAUUGAUGGGACCCCAAUAAUAAUAAUAAUGAUAAUAAUAAUUUUAUUUGCCACCCAUCUGACUAGUAAAAGCACAAUACAACGUCACACACUAAAAACGUCCCUGAACAGGGCUGCCUUCAGAUGUCUUUGAAAAACGACCAAGCUGUUUACCUGUUUGACAUCUGCUGCGAGGGCGUUGCACAGGGUGGGCGCAACUACCGAAAAGCCCCUCUUGCCUGGUUCCCUGCACAUCUUGAAGCCCACGUCUAUGCAAUGUGAAAAUGUGCGUGGAGAAAUGUUUCUUCUCCUCCACCUUCUUUUUUUUUCACUUUUAUUGCCUUGCUUCCUGUGGUGUUAGAAACUUCCUGUUUGAAGGGGGGGGGCGAUAGGAAGCAAAAUUUUGCUCUUGGCAAAUGGGUUCCCAGACAUUGAUAUGGGUGCCUUCACAGGAUUCUUUCAUUUAAAAGGCUGCAUGACAGAAUUUGUGGACUUUCUGCCCCAUUUGAAGCCGAUUCUCUGCUGCUUCUACAGAUGUUAAAAUGCCAAUAACCUCAAGCGGACAGGGAAGGAGGCUGGUAUUUUAUUGCCUGCAACAGGCUGUGUGAGGGCUGAUCUCCCUGCUAGUGCAAGGAAACUGCACCUCCAGCAUCAGUUGUGUUUCUGACACAGGAAGGUGUUGAGAGUAAAAUAGAGGAGGCUGACAGCUGUCAGAUACAGAAGGAUGCGCACAGGGAAGAACUGUUUGACACAGAUAAGCUCCCUUUUGUUGAGUGCUAUUCAAGCGUCUGGUCUUUGCAGCUCCUUCUGUUCCUCAUUUUCCGCUGAGAAUGGCUGUCAGGCUUGGCCAUCCCUACAUAAACAGUGGUGAAGUAAUCUGCGGUGAGGUAGAGGGUAUUUAACAUGUAAGACAGGCGUUUUUUCUCUCCCCUGUUGUUAGAAUCCUUGUGCGGACUUGCCCCAAAAUGUGGAAUAGAAGUGUAGAGUUGGAAUGAAGGAAUCUCAACUGAAGCAUCCAUGGCAGAUGGCCAUCCAAUCUCUGCUUUAAAAUUCUCCAAGUAAGGAGAGUCCACAACCUCCUGAGGGAAACGCUUCCACUGCUGAACAGCUCUUCCUGUCAGAAAGUUCUCCCAGAAAUAACAUAAAUACCUUAAAUAAUGCAGAUUUAAGCCACCCCCAGAAUGUCAGGAGCACAGGAAAGUGCCAUAUUUCUGAGUCAGGCCCACCCAACUCAGUACUGUCUGCAGAUUUGGAGAUGGGAGCGUUUUCUCCACCCCCAUUGGUCUGAGGUCCAGUGCCGACGGCCUUCUGGUGGUUCCCUUGCUGCGAGAAGCCAAGUUACAGGGAACCAGGCAGAGGGCCUUCUCGGUAGUGGCACUCGUCCUGUGGAAUGCCCUCCCACCAGAUGUCAAAGAAAAAACAACAACUACCAGACUUUAAGAAGACAUCUGAAGGCAGCCCUGUUUAGGAAAGCUUUUAAUGUUUAAUAGAUUAUUGUAUUUUAAUAUUCUGUUGAAAGCCACCCAGAGUGGCUGGCGAAGCCCAGUCAGAUGGGUGGGGUAUAAAUAAAUUAUUAUUAAUUAUUAUUAUUAUUAUUAUUAUUAUUCCAGCCUAACUGAAAAAGACAGGGAUUGAACCUGGGACUCUCUGCAUGGGCUCCGCCUCUGAGCUGCAACCCUUCCUUUAUGUGGUUUAUAUGGCAAUCCCCAUGAACCCCAUAGCAAUUGCAUGGGGGUCCAGGAGAAUUACGCCAGUUGCAUGUGAAUGCUGGACCUCCUUUGGGUCUUGGGCACUGUAUUGCCAAUGCUCACACUCUUCCUUUUCACUCUGCUCUCGCCAUUUCCAUUUUGUGGCGAGGAGAAAGAAUGAGAGAAACUAGUGGAGCCAAGACUAUUUUCAGUCUGCCAGAUAUAUCCACUUGGGCAGGCAUAGACAAACUCGGCCCUCCAGAAGUUUUGGGACUACAACUCCCAUCAUCCCUAGCUCACAGGACCAGUGGUCAGGGGUGAUGGGAAUUGUAGUUCCAAAAUAUCUGGAGGGCCGAGUUUGCCUAAGCCUGCACUUGGGGGUGGGGCAAGGAAUAGGAACAGAGAAACUAACGGUAAGGAACAGAAUACCUCUGGUUGUGUUUCAAGGUCUGUUUGAUGACAGUGCUUGGCACUCGCAGGAUCACUUUUGAAGGACACUCGUGAGCAGUUGAGUCAGUAUUACGGAAGCAUUAAUAUAAUAAUAAUAAUAAUAAUAAUAAUAAUAAUAAUUUAAAAAAAAUAUUUAUAUCCCGCCCUCCCCAGCUGAAGCCGGGCUCAGAGCGGCUAACAACAAUAAGACUAUAAGCAUCUAUUUAUGCAUAUUAUUAUUCUGGAAUAUCUCACUCUGUAGAGAAGGAGGCGUUUAUAUUCUCAGGGUCUUUGGUUCAAGCCGCAAGUUGGGAAAAAGAUUCUGGCAUUGCAGGGGGUUGGACUAGAUGACCCUUCCAAUUCCUCAAUUUGAUGAUCUAUGAUUUGUUUUUGUUAUGAUUAUUAUUAUUAUUAUUGCAUAUAACAUUCCCAGAGACAAAUCCGUCAUCAGGGUCCUAAAUAACAAUGGGGUUUUCUGUUGCAGUGUAAUAUUUUUACAGUGAUGUAUUUGCAGGACCGUUUUGGUUACUGGUUCUGUCUCUAAGUCAGAAACUCCCAAGUUUAGUCCCUGGCACCAGUUGGUAGUACUGCCACCAACCACUAUAUAUUGGGUUUAAUGCACCAAAGGUCUGACUCCGUAAAAGACAGGCAUCUGAAUUAGUCCUUUUAAAAAAUGUUCAUUUAAGCCAGGGGUUCCCAAAUUAAGGCCCACAGGCCGGAUAAGGCCCGAGGGACUCGUUUAUCCGGCCAGCGGCAACCCCCGCCGCCCACUGCUGCCGCAACGCACUUCCGGGUCAGAGGAGCACCGGAAAUAGCUUGUGCGCAUGUGCAUGCGUUAUUUCCUGUGCACAUCCGGGUUGGAGGAGGCCCGUGCACAUGGGCACAAGCUAUUUUCAGUGCUCCUCCGACCCGGAAGUGCGCUAGAAAUAGCGUGUUUGCACGCAUAUGGGCACGCGCUCCCCCGCCUCCAGCCCGCUGCGUGAUCAGCGCUGGAGACACCGGCCCGAGGUGCGGUAAGUUUGCUGACCCCUGAGUUAAGCUUUACCUGUCUUGAAUAUUUACUACAGUGGUACCUCAGGUUAAGAACUUAAUUCGUUCUGGAGGUCCGUUCUUAACCUGAAACUGUUCUUAACCUGAGGUACCACUUUAGCUAAUGGGGCCUCCCGCUGCUGCCACACCCCCAGAGCACGAUUUCUGUUCUCAUCCUGAAGCAAAGUGCUUAACCCGAGGUACUAUUUCUGGGUUAGCGGAGUCUGUAACCUGAAGCGUCUGUAACCCGAGGUAGCACUGUAUUAUGGUUCCUUAGCCAUAUGUUGACAUUUUCUAGGAGUGCCCCUGGGUCAAUUUUUCACAUACCGGGUGUUAACGUUGUUCGCUAUUUUUAUGUCUGUUUUGCGUCGCACCUUAAUUUACAAGCUGGGAUGACCUUCAGUGACAAUAUUGUCUCCUGCCUACCACCACAGCUGUUUUUCUCAUCUUCUGGCCCCACAACACAGCAGUCCUGAGGUGGGAAAUGUGGUUCUUAGAGGGAUAUAAACUUACAUCUAGCCUCAUGUGUUUUAUCAUCUGAAACAUCAUAAUAAAACUGCCAUAGUGAUUUAAGCUGUUCCUGCCUUAUCCUCACAACUGUAAUUCAACUGCGAUUUAGCCUGGUGCAAGAGUGAAGAACCCAAGGACCUGCAGACGUUGUUGGACUCCAACUCCCAUCAUCCCUGACCAUUGGCUAUGCUUGCUAGAGCUGAUGGGAGUUGGAAUCCAACAACAGCUGGAUGGCCACAUGUUCCCCAACCUUGUCUACAUAGUCUUGGACUCACUGUGACUGGGGGCAGGGAGAUCAAACUGCUGUGCCUUUCUGGGUAGAACACAUAGCAAUGGAAUUCAUCCUUUGUGUGCAGCAGGUCCCAGGUUUUCCAGUUGAAAAGAUUCAGGUGGCAGGUAUUGGGGAAUAUUUCUGUUUGAGAUAAAGAGAGCCUGUUCCCAUUAGAGUAGUAAUAAGAACACAGAAAGAGUUCUGCUGGAACAGACAAGUCCUGUCUAUUCAGAAUUCUCCUCUCCCAACUGCCUAAGGUAAAGGUAAAGGACCCCUGGACAGUUGAGUCCAGUCAAAGGCAACUACAGUGGUACCUCGGAUUAAGAACUUCAUUCCGGAGGUCCGUUCUUAACCUGAAACUGUUCUUAACCUGAAGCACCACUUUAGCUAAUGGGGCCUCCCGCUGCUGCCACGCCGCCGGAGCACGAUUUCUGUUCUCAUCCUGAAGCAAAGUUCUUUACCCCGAGGUACUAUUUCUGGGUUAGCGGAGUCUGUAACCUGAAGCAUCUGUAACCCGAGGUACCACUGUAUGGGCUUGCGGAGCUCAUCCCGCUUUCAGGCCGAGGCAGCCGGCAUUCGUCCACAUGUGGGUCCGGGUCAUGUGGCCAGCAUGACUAGACUGCUUCUGGCACAACAGAGCACCAUGAUGCAAACAGAGCACGCAAAAACUCCAUUUACCUUCCCGCAGCAGCGGUGACUAUUUAUCUACUUGCACUGGCAUGCUUUCAAACUGCUAGGUUGGCAGGAGCAGGGACCGAGCAACGAGAGCUCACUCUGUUGCGGGGAUUCGAACUGCCGACCUUCCGAUCGGCAAGCCCAAGAGGCUCAGUGGUUCAGACCACAGCGCCACCUAUGGAAAGCCCACAAGGGGAUGUAUAACCUCUGUUCUUUAAGGGAAUGGGUUAUUAUUAUGUAAAUAUACGAGCAGGAAUUUAUAAAUCGGCAGCUGAUGGAUAAUGAAAAAGGGAAAAGUAAUAAUUAAAUAAUAAUAAUUGUUAAUUGUAUAUAAGGAAUGAAAUAUGAAUUACAGUGGUACCUCGGGUUAAGAACUUAAUUCGUUCUGGAGGUCUAUUCUUAACCUGAAACUGUUCUUAACCUGAAGCACCACUUUAUCUAAUGGGGCCUCCUGCUGCUGCCGCGAGAUUUCUGUUCUCAUCCUGAAGCAAAGUGCUUAACCCGAGGUACUAUUUCUGGGUUAGCGGAGUCUGUAACCUGAAGCGUAUGUAACCCAAGGUACCACUGUAGAAAUAAAUAUGUAAUAUCAAGCAGCAUCGGGGGAAAGUAGGGAUGCAUCGAGGACAAAGAACAGGAAGUCAACUUUGGGGGGAAAUUGUAUUAAAUUUUAUGUAACUUGGCAUUGAUUUGUGUAAAAUUUGGAAAACUAAUAAAUAUUAUUUGGCAAAAGAAAACAAACCCCACGAGCCAGACAUGAUACUUGGCUAGAUAUAAAAAAUAAUAUGUCCAGGAAUGAGGCAUUUUUCAGUAUUACAAUACAUUUCUGAAACUGCCUGCCCAUGCUCUUAACUUAUGAACAAGCUAACUACCAUGCCACAGUUUGGAUUUGGAUUUGAUAUCCCGUUUUAUCACUACCCGAAGGAGUCUCAAAGCGGCUAACAUUCUCCUUUCCCUUCUUCACCCACAACAAACACUCUGUGAGGUGAGUGGGGCUGAGAGACUUCAGGGAAGUGUGACUAGCCCAAGGUCACCCAGCAGCUGCAUGUGGAAGAACGGAGACACGAACCCGGUUCCCCAGAUUACGAGUCUACUGUUCUUAACCACUACACCACACUGGCUUUCAGUUAAAUUUGCUGAGUUCUGAAAGCAAGUUUGAAGGGAGCCACAUGCACACAUAUCCAUCCUUUUCCACUCUCACAUACCCACCCUCUUGUUGAAAUGCCCACACGGCUUGGCAGGCGUUGGGAACACACAGAAACUGAAUUUUGUCGCCCUUGCUUGGGUGCUGUUAUACGGCAUCUUCCUUAUCUGCGUCAAUAAACGCGCUUUGUCUCUUUCCCAGGAUGCAGCUAUAGCCUUUCGCCUAGCUUCUGAUUCAUGGAAUUUCUGUUCUCGUUUCCUUUAAGCUCAGCUAUUGACAGGAAAAAUGGAACAAAAGUGGCUAUUAAGAAGUUGUACCGUCCAUUUCAAUCAGAGCUUUUUGCCAAGCGAGCCUAUCGGGAAUUGCGUCUCCUGAAACACAUGAAGCAUGAAAAUGUGAGUAUAGCGGCACUAACAAACCUCUCUUCCCUCAUUUUGGGAAGUUAGCUGCUGCGCACUGUGACGGAGUUGCAUGGCUUUAAAUUCAAAUUAUUUCAAAUGUGUUCAUACGCACCUGGAUUUUUCUAUAAAGAAAAACCCGGAUGGUUUCAUAUGAAAUCUGAGGUAUGUUUGUAAUUUUAUUUCUCGGCCUGCCGCAUGAUUGUAAUAAAACCUAUGAGUGGCUUUCAAAAAAACAAAAAGAACAUUGAAGUUAAAACAUUCAAAAGAUAAUUAAAAUCCAUGGUAAACAAAGGAUUAAAACACAUUUGCAAGUAAUAAUAAUAAUAAUGCCAAGAUGCCAAUAUUAUAUGUCCAGAAAUUGCUGUUCCUAUCCCUGCCAUCCUCAUGCCUCUUAGUUUAUGCAUAUGAGCGCAUAUGCAUAAUGUUUCUUCAUAUAAUCCUGCCAUUAUAUCAGUGAAUGUGUUCUCUGUUUCGUUUCAGACUUGACUAUUGUUAUCGUUUGCAACUUUAAUUAAACUCUUAUUAGCAGCUGGUGCAGCAGUCUUCCAUGUUGUGCAAUUAUCAUAAUGCAAAAUAUACUUAACUGUUACAAGUGAGUGUAAUAUAUGUGAAUCACAGUAAUAUUAAGGGCAGUUCACACAAUAAAUUGCUUUCUAUAUGCAGCAGCUUGGAUGAUGAUGAUAUAUUUAUUUAUUUAUACCCCGCCCAUCUGGCUGGGUUUCCCCAGCCACUCUGGGCAGCUUCCAACAAAAUAUUAAAAUACAAUAGUCUAUUAACCAUUAAAAGCUUCCCUAAACAGGGCUGCCUUCAGAUGUCUUCUACGCCUUCAGAUGUCUGUGAAAGUGUGAUCCUAAACAAGUUUACCUAGAAAGGCCCAUUGAGUUCAAUCAAGCUUACUCCCAUGUAGCCCUGAUAAGUUCAAUCCAAAAAGUUCACAAUAGUCAUGUUUCCGAUCUCCUCCUCACCCCUGGACCCCAAAGCACUCUAUGAAGAUCCUCUCUGGGAGGUUGAGUGGGGGCCACCUAAAAAUAUGGGCAGGAUGGAUGCCGGAGGUGGAGGGCGAGAUGGAAACAUUUCUUUCUUGAACUUCCUAAAGGCUGAAAUCUUACGCAUCGGCUGGCAGCAAUCCCUGUGACCAUGGUGCUUUUUCUAUUUAUCAAUGUGAGAGCAUGCGUGGAAGCGUCAAGAUAAGGAUAAAAAUGUAAUUUGUGGUCCACCUUCGAGAGCAAAAGAAGAAGGUAAGAGCUUUAGCAGAAGGAUUGUGAGUUAAAUUUAAGUUGAUAUUUCGACAGUCUUGAAAUCUCAAGAGAGAUAAGCGGUAUCGUAAGAGCACAUUAGGAGGAAGAGGUCGGCGCAAAUGCUGACAGAAGAUGUAUGAGUAUAUUAAUCUGCACACAUGUUUUUUUGCCCCAUCUGGAGAUUAUGUUUAGGUGGGGGAAAUAUCAUAUGUGAACAGACACUGUGUUUUGAAAGGGAUAGAGAUGAAAUGUUAAUAAUAAUAAUAAUAAUUUUUUAUUUAUACCCCGCCCUCCCCAGCCAAGGCCGGGCUCAGAGCGGCUUACAAGCAAUAAUAAAAACAAGAUGAAUGAUUACAACUUAAAAACAAAAAUAAAAUACAACAUUAAAAUAAUGGAACAUUAAAAUAUUAAAAUGUAGCCUCAUCGCAGGAGGAGAAGGAAAAGAAAAAGAAAGAGAGGGAGGGAGGGAAUCAAAUUGGCUCCAAGCCAAAGGCCAGGCAGAACAACUCUGUCUUACAGGCCCUGCGGAAAGAAAUCAGAUCCUGCAGGGCCCUGGUCUCAUGAGGCAGAGCGUUCCACCAGGCCGGAGCCAGUGUUGAAAAGGCCCUGGCUCUGGUUGAGGCUAAUCUGACUUCCUUAGGGUCCAGGACCUCUAGGGUGUUGCUAUUUAUGGACCUUGAGGCUCUCCGUGGGGCAUACCAGGAGAGGCGGUCCCGUAGGUACGAGGGUCCUAGGCCGUGAAGGGCUUUAAAGGUCAAAAGCAGCACCUUAAAUCUGACUCUACUCCACCGGGAGCCAGUGCAGCUUGAAAAGCACUGGGUGAAUAUGCUCCCAUGGCAGAGACCCCAUGAGGAGCCUCGCUGCAGCAUUCUGCACCCGCUGGAGUUUCUGGGACAGCUUCAAGGGCAGCCCCGCGUAGAGCGAAUUACAGUAGUCAAGCCUGGAGAUGACCGUCGCAUGGAUCACUGUGGCCAGGAAAUGUUAAAGAUAACAUAGAAUUAAUGUAAAGAGAGAAGGGAGUAAAGUAAAUUAAUGCCACAAUUUUCGUUAGGAUUUAAAAUACAAACUCAGUUAAAACAGUGGUCUCAGUCCAGAAGUAUACUGAAUAUACUUCUGUAUCACUAAAAUUCUGUGCCUUUGCAGCUGAUUUCUUGGCAGAUUUGCUUGGGAUACGCAAAGGGACUUAUCCCAAGCUAAGCAUGCAUAGGAUUGGUACCUGAUUUCUUAUCCUGAAUAUUGGAAAAGAGUUGAUAUAAUUAAAAGUCAGAAGUAUUACCGUCAAGACCUUUGGACGUUUACUAGGAAAUUAUGUCCACAUUUCAGUAGGACUUCCCAUCUAGGCUUUAAACAUACUUAGGUCAACUUUGUUUUAACUUUUAUUUGAAAGUUAUUCAAUUAACUUUCUGUCAUAUAAUGUUUAACGAGGCUUUUUAUUGAUCAUGUUACUGAUAAAGACUGUAUCUUCAAGUUGUUUAGGUUUGGGGUCUCGUCAGGUACUGAUUAACAAGUAGAUUACUCUGUGGAGUACAGCAUUGUACAACGAGGAGAAUGACCCCAUCUGCAUUUAAAGCAGUUUCAUACCACUUUAAACAUGCAUGGUUUCCCCCCAAACGGUCCUGGAAAGUGUAAAUUGUAAAGGGUGUUGAGAGUUGUUAGGUGACUCCUAUUCCCCUCACGGAGCUACAAUUCUCCUGAGGGAAUUCUCCCUAAACGGCCUCGGCCCAGUAUACCUGAAGCAGCGUCUCCACCCCAUCAUUCAGUCCGGACACUGAGGUCCAGCUCCGAGGGCCUUCUGGCGGUUCCCUCACUGCGACAAGUGAGGUUACAGAAGGCAUGGGCAAACUCGGCCCUCCAGAUGUUUUGGGACUACCAUUCCCAUCAUCCCUGACCACUGGUCCUGUUAGCUAAGGAUGAUGGGAGUUGUGGUCCCAAAACAUCUGGAGGACCGAGUUUGCCUAUGCCUGAGUUACAGGGAACCAGGCAGAAGGCCUUCUCGGUAGUGGCGCCCGCCCUGUGGAACGCCCUUCCACCAGAUUUCAAGGAGAUAAAUACAGUUUUUAGAAGACAUCUGAAGGCAUCUCUACAUAGGGAAGGUUUUUUAAGAAAAUAUUAGUUUUAUUAUGCUUUUAUGUUCAUUGGAAGCCACCCAGAGUGUCUGGGGCAACCCAGUCAGAUGGGCAGAGCACAAGAAAUAAUAAUAAUAAAAAUUAUUAUUAUUGGAGUUUCCUGGGAAGAGGAAUUGAUUGUCAAAUGAAUUUGGAAAUCGGAGCUCUGUGAGGGAAAUAAGGGUCUCCUAACAACUUUUAGAAGCUACAUUUCCCAGGAUUAUUUAAAUGUAAAAUGCAAAUGUUUGUGCUCAAAACAACAAUGAGAAUACCACACUGUUACAAAAAAACCCCAAACUCUGUUAAAAAUGUUAAUAAUCAAGACGCUGUUUCCUGUAAAGAAAUGAAUUGUAUCUUGUCAGGAUUAUGCACUGGAAAAGUAGCAACCUGGGCAGAUCUAGGAAAAAAGAGAUACUAGCUGAGGGGGGGAAAGAACCACAGCAAAAAUAAUGACUCUUAGGGAUUAUUGCUAGCAAACAGCGUCUGUGAUUGAGCAGGAUGAACCACAUGAAUGGGGAUACUGAGACCCAUCCUUAUAAUCCUAUUUGCUCUUGAUAUCAACAUGCGAUAGGUUUUCUAGGAUUCCUGUAGACAGAGUCAACAGGAAAUGGGGACGUGGCAAGAAAAUUUAUGAUCAUUCUGCUGACUAACGGAAUGAAAAUUGCAGCCAAUGAAAGAGCUAUUUGGGAGUGACUAUAAUUGGAUUGCUGAGGUCAAGAUAAUUUGAAAUAAGUGGUUGUAGUGAUGCAUACUGUGCCAUACAAAUGAAGGCAAUACAGAUAACAUUUUGUGUAUGCCCGUCUCUAAAUGUUUUUGUAAGCAGCACUGUAGAAAUGCAACAUGUUGUGAAAUUUAAAAUGUUGGAGUGGUUUUGGUAAGGCAAAAACUAUUGAUGAUAUUCCAUGUCUGCCAAGGCAACUUGGCUUCACUGAUCUGUGGUUUUUGAUGCAUAACAUCAAAAGAUGAGAUCCGUAAAACAUCAGAGAGAUGCCCUCAUUAUGUUUCAGUUCAUUCAGAAUCUCAGAGUGCAGUUGACAUAGCACAUCUUGCUUCAAAAUACAUUUGUUGUAUAAAAAUAUAGUGCGUUGGUUUUCAGAUAAGCUUGUCAAGCAAUAGUAAACAACAUAUAUAUAGCUCUCAAAUGCAGCAGUUUCAUUUUAGGAAAAGUGGGUGUUUUUACUUUGCCUCUUCAGUGAAGUGCGGUCUUCUUUCUUUUCCCACCUUCACCAGCUAUGUAAUGGAUCAAAAUAAUCAGAGAUCGUGGGUUAUAGUGUCCUGGUUUGGCUAAAGUGCUAAACCAUUUAGUACUACAUGAAUGAGCCUUGCAGUUGUUCGUUCCCAUCUCCUCCAGCAGUGAUUCUGCAAGGGGGAGACUGGCGGUUUUUGCUUUAGUUUUCAAUUAACCACAAUUUUAGUGUUAUACUCAAACCCUGAAUUGUGGUUCAUCUUAAUUACAGUUUCUUGAAACAAGCCAGCUUCAUAAAUCACAAUUUGAAGUUUAUUUGUUUCAGUAAACUAUAGUUAACAAUAACUGCGGCUUAUCUGCGUUGGAACAAAUUGAAAGUCUCCCAUCAGUCUCAUAACUACAUCAGAGAGGAGAAGGGAAGCAGCAACUGAAAAGAAUGAGACUUGCUCACAUAAUACUAAACCAAACACAUCCUAUGCUUCUACCACACUAGUCUUGAGAGCCCCCCAAACCACAGGUUGUUGGGGAACUAUGGUGAGGAGGUAGAAACCUCCAUUCUGCAAUCACAACUUGUUCUGGGUUGUUGGGAUCCAGCCCUCUAUAUCUGUUACAUAUAGAAUUACUGAUAUACAGUGGUACCUUGGUUCUCAAACUUAAUCCGUUCCAGAAGUCCGUUCCAAAACCAAAGCGUUCCAAAACCAAGGCGCGCUUUCCCAUAGAAAGCAAUGCAAAGUGGAUUAAUCCGUUCCAGACUUUUAAAAACAACCCCUAAAACUGCAAUUUAACAUGAAUUUUACUAUCUAACGAGACCACUGAUCCAUAAAAUGAAAGCAAAAAAAUAAAAAUAAAUGUACUGCAGUCACACAAUCAAUCAGUCAGUCGCUGAACUGGGUUCCACAUAGUCACACACAAAAAAGAGCUGCAAAAACAAGAACGCAAAAUAAAUAGCAAAAACAGACAGACCUCAGUGUAACACUCAAAUUGGAAGUGUAACACUCAAAUCGGAAGCAUAACACUCAAAACGAAAGUGUGGCUCUCAAAUUGGAAGUGUAACACUCAAGACGGAGCACGUUCGGCUUCCGAAAAGAGCUCGCAAACUGGAAAACGUAAUUCUGGGUUUGCAGUGUUUGGGUCCCAAGUUGUUUGAGUACCAAGGUGUUUGAGAACCAAGGUACCACUGUGCCACCAUUUAUUUCAGCGUUUCUCUUGCGAAUAAUAACUUGCAUAGGUUAUAUUGUUGUUGUUGUUGUUGUACCUUCUCAUCCAUCCCUUUUUGUGAUUGUUAAAUUCCAGGGUUUUUAAUUACUUCCCUCCCCCUUUCAUAGGUAAUUGGACUACUAGAUGUCUUCACACCAGAUGUGUCGCUGGAUAAAUUUAAUGACUUGUAAGUUUACAAUUCUCUUGAAAAGUUUGGAUGAUAUAUAAAUAUUUGUAUUUAGGUUCCAAGAGGACUGGUUGCUUUGCGGCCCUUUGGCGGUCACUGUGAUAUAAAAGCUACAUUCAUAUUUAAUUUGCAUUAAAGUGUAUCUGUAGAAUUACUGUUUUCCUUAAGUAAAAACAGCUAGGCCUGAUUUAUGCAUUAGCAGGAGCACCAUGGCAACUACCUUUCCACGCAAGUUUGUACUAAUAUUUGUCAUGUUAAGGACUUGUAAGGUGUGUUAACUGACCUGAUUUUUACAUUAAAAAGUAUAUUGGUGUUUCUCACGAGUCAAGAGUAAAGCUUACUUUGAAUAAGUGGAAGUAUGUUACUUCUGUCUGCUAUUCCAGCUGGUAGAGGAAUUUCAGGUCCACUGCAUUACAGCAGUGCCUCCGGUUGCAGACGGGAUCCAUUCCGGAGGUCCGGCCGGAUCCCGAGGUUUUCGCAACCGGAGGACCGCUUCUGCGCAUGCGCGCGCACCAAAACCCACUAAAAUACUUCUGGGUUUGUCGCUUACGUAUCCCGAAGUUUACGUAACCAGAGGGUUAUGUAAACGCAGGUAUGACUGUAUUAGAGAAAAUGACCCUUCAAAUAGAGAUAGAGGUAAAGGGACCUCUGACCAUUAGGUCCAGACUCUGGGGUUGCGGCGCUCAUCUCACUUUACUGGCCGAGGGACCCGGUGUACAGCUUCCGGGUCAUGUGGUCAGCAUGACUAAGCCGCUUCUGGUGAACCAGAGCAGCGCACGGAAACCCCGUUUACCUUCCCACCAGAGCGGUACCUAUUUAUCUACAUGCACUUUGACGUGCUUUGAACUGCUAGGUUGGCAGGAGCAGGGACCGAGCAACGGGAGCUCACCCCGUCAUGGGGAUUCGAACCGCCGACCUUCUGAUCGGCAAGUCCUAGGCUCUGUGGUUUAACCCACAGCGCCACCCGCGUCCCUACAAAUAAAGAUACCCUGAAAUAAAAAAGGGGAGUGACAUAGCAAAUUAUUGCUGACCAUUGUAGCUUAGUAUAUAUUUCCUCCCUGUGCUCCUUAACUAUACAAUUGACUUUCUUAUCUCCAUUGCUUUUUUUCUGGGGGGACGCAGGGAUAGGCAUACCCCUAAACAUUUUGAGAAUCUUUGUACUUUUGUCCGUUUACUGUAGUUAUUUUUCCCAAUUUGAACUAUAAAAGGGUGAUUUUCUUGAGUCAAUAUGAGAGUACCCCUAAACAUUUUUUUAAAGAAAAAAGCACUGCUUAUCUCACUGUUUUGAUAACAGUUCCCUCCAGACUCAGGCUUUGCUUUUGGUUUUCUCCCAACUGCAAAUUAGCAUCGAACCUUUACAUCAAAGAUGACCUUUCAGAGGGGUUACAUGCCAAUGGAGGGGCAGAGACCAAAAGAAGCCAGAGCAAGAGAUACAACUCGUACCUUUGUACAGCAGGCAUAUGCAUCCUAACAUCCCCGCAAGCAAAAUGCCUUAUUGCACUUCAAGAUAUAUUGCAGCCGGGCAGAAAACAGGGCGAAUGAAGGGUGUCGCCUGGGGAAGAGUCCUAAGAGCCAGAUUUGAUUGAUUGAUUGAUUGAUUGAUUGAAUUUACAUACCGCCCUAUACCCAGAAGUCUCAGGGCGGUUCACAGAAUAAAAUCAAGAUAAGGUAAAGGUAAAGGGAGCCCUGACCAUUAAGUCCAGUCGUGACCGACUCUGGGGUUGCGGUGCUCAUCUCCCUUUAUUGGCCGAGGGAGCCGGCUUACAGCUUCCGGGUCAUGUGGCCAGCAUGACUAAGCUGCUUCUGGCGAACCAGAGCAGCGCACAGAAAUACCGUUUACCUUCCCAACGGAGCAGUACCUAUUUAUCUACUUGCACUUUGACGUGCUUUCGAACGGCUAGGUUGGCAGGAGCAGGGACCAAGCAACAGGAGCUCACCCCGUCGCGGGGAUUCGAACUGCCGACCUUCUGAUUGGCAAGUCCUAGGCUCUGUGGUUUAACCCACAGCGCCACCCGCAUCCCACUAAAAUCAAGAUAUAAAACCACAAAAGUCAUAAUAAAAAUGAAAACAACAACCCUGUAGGCCCCCCCCCCCAAAUUUUUUUAAAGGGGUAUAGGAUGUCAAACAAAUCAAACAAAGGCCUGGUGAAAAAGGAACAUUUUUGCCUGGCACCUAAAGGUGUACAAUGAAGGCACCAGGCGAACUUCCCUGGGGAGAGCAUUCCACAGACGGGGAGCCACUGCAGAGAAGGCCCCGUUCUCAUGUUGCCACCCUCCAGACCUCUUGAGGAGGAGGCACACGUAGGAGGGCCUCAGAAGGUCAUCUCAGGGUCCAGGUAGGUUCAUAUGGAAAGAGAUGGUCCUUGAGGUCUUGCGGUACUGAGCCAUUUAAGGCUUUACAGUGGUACCUCUGGUUACGUGCUUAAUUUGUUCCAGAGGUCCGUUAUUAACCUGAAACUGUUCUUAACCUGAAGCUCCACUUUAAUAAUAAUAAUAAAUUUUAUUUAUACCCCGCCCUCCCGAGCCAAGACUGGGCUCAGAGCAGCUAACAACCAAUAAUAAAAACAAGUUGAUUAAAAUACAAUAAUAAAAACAAGUUGAUUAAAAUACAACAUUAAAACAUUAGGAUGCAGGCUCUUCACAGGAGGAGAAAGGAAAAAGAAAGAGGGGGAGGGAAUUAAACUGAUUCUAAGCCAAAGGCCAGGUGGAACAACUCUUGUCUUGCAGGCCCUGCGGAAAGAAAUCACAUCCCGCAGGGCCCUGGUCUCAUGAGACAGAGCGUUCCACCAGGCCGGAGCCAGAGUUGAAAAGGCCCUGACUCUGGUUGAGGCUAAUCUAACUUCCUUAGGGUCCGGGACCUCUAGGGUGUUGCUAUUUAUGGACCUUAAGGUCCUCCGUGGGGCACACCGGGAGAGGUGGUCCCGUAGGUACGAGGACUUUAGGUAAUGGGGCCUCCCACUGCUGCCGCGCCGCCACCGCAUGAAUUCUGUUCUCAUCCUGAAGCAAAGUUUUUAAUCCGAGGUAUUAUUUCUGGGUUAGCGGAGUCUGUAACCUGAAGUGUAUGUAACCUGAGGUACCAUUAUAUAGGUCAAAACCAGCACUUUGAAUUGGGCCCGGAAACUACCGUAUUAUUUGCAAAAUAACACUCACUUUUUUCCUCCUAGAAAGUAAGGGGAAAUGUCUGUGCGUGUUAUGGAGCGAAUGCCUGCGGGUGGCGGGGGGAUCUGCUGCAGUCGUGAGCAGAGGAUCCAUGGUUCCCCUUCCUUCCCUCCUCCGUGGUUACAAAGCAUGGAUCCACAUGGAUCCUCAGGAUUUUUGCAUUGGGCUACUCCAAACUCACUGUCAGAUCACAUGUCUGUGGCCACAGCAUGAACCACAAAAAUCAUAUAUCCACUAUUUCGUUUAGAAUAUUUUUUUUCUUGUUUUCCUCCUCUAAAAACUACGUGCGUGUUAUGGUCUGGUGCGUGUUAUAGAGCGAAAAAUAUGGUAAUUGGUAGCCAGUGCAGUCGGACCAGGAUCCGUAUAAUAUGCUCAAACCGUUUUGCUCUGGUGAGCAACCUGGCCGCUGAAUUCUUCGCCAGGUGAAGUUUCCGAACCGUCUUCAGAGGCAGCCCUAUAUAUAGAUGAGCUGGUCUACAGGUUUCUCCCAUUUUCUUCUUAAUGUGUACACAGCAGUGCAAACCCCAAGCUUUUAUUUAAAAGCCUGCGCACAGAAUGCAGCUUCGGCAAGCUACUCUCGUUAACUACCUGUAUGUUCUAGGAGCAAUUAGCGAGCUAUCUCCAAUUGGCUUUGAAAUAUUCAUGAGCUUUCAGCAAAUUAGCUAUAAUAAAAUCGCGGGGUGAGCACACAUCUAUGUUUUCAUUAUUCAAGAUUACCCACACACUCUGAAGAUUAUUAACCUUGGUUCCUUGCAUAUCCGAGUUAUUGAUGAGGGAGCUUUGUUUGCUUCCUUUGCACUAAAUAUAGACGAAAUGUUCCGGCUUCUCCACCUCCCAUUCUGCCUAUUUAGUCACGUCGUAUGAAUUGCAUUGCUCCCACUUUGAAACUUGAAUAAUUGAAGAGUAUAGGGUGGAAUUUCCAUCACAGCCUAAGGCACUGCCAUCGCAUCAUUUUAUAUAUGUUUAUUAUUGAGUAAGUGCCAUUAAAUUCAGUGAAAUUUAGUAAACAGCUAUAGUAGUGGGUCGCAAGUCAGUGUGAGAUCUAAAGCUAAGAGAGAUUUUGAUCCAAAGCAUUAUGAAAGCCCUUAUAAUUGUAUUGAACCAAUCCAAUUUUAUCAUUUAAUGUCUAAUAUAAAAUUGUGUCUGGCAACUAAUGGCAUUAACUACCAGUCAGUAUUUCUUGCUUGACUGCAAGUGGCAUGUUUACAGUCGUUUUUUGAAAGCAUAAACUGAUUGCGGUGUUUGGUAAAUAAAUCUUGCCUUAAACACAAGCUUGCAAAAUAGUGCCUACAGUAAUUCUCAGAAAUGAUUGUUUUGUAAUAUUAAUGUUUUUAUUUGGUGUGUUGUUUUGUCAAGUAAAAUGAUUUCUUUUUUUUAGCUACCUUGUCAUGCCAUUUAUGGGAACAGACUUGAGUAAAAUAAUGAAGCAUGAGAAACUAACUGAAGACAGAAUCCAGUUCCUGGUCUAUCAAAUGUUAAAGGGCCUAAAGGUUAGAUCUCUCGCCCCCCCCCAUCCCUCCCUCUCUCUCUCACUCUCUCUCUCUCUCCGUUUUUGUUUGUUUUAUACACUAGACUUUUCCUAAGAUCUUGUGGUUAGGAAAUUGGGAUUGUGCUGCAAGCUCCUUCACACACAAAUUUCCAAUGCCUUUCUCUUUAGCUAUGGUGUAGCGCAUUCUUCCCAAUCUAUUUCCCUUCAGAUAUCACUAGACCAGGCAUCCCCAAACUCAGCCCUCCAACUGUUUUGGGACUACAACUCCCAUCAUCCCUAGCUAACAGGACCAGUGGUCAGGGGUGAUGGGAAUUGUAGUCCCAAAACAGCUGGAGGGCUGAGUUUGGAGAUGCCUGCACUAGACUAAUAGCUACCAUCAGCUCUGAAUAUCGGCAAUGUUGACUAGCUGAUGGGACUCUGGUCAGGAGGCGAGGAGAGGCUGGGAUAGUGUCACAUCUGAACUGGUACUAACUAGCCAGGAUUGCAAAUUGGGGGGAAAUUCAAGGUUUGAAGUGGUCUGCAAGCCCUAGUUGAGCGGGAAUCUGCCUAAUGUUCAUGGGAUAGCGUUACAUUUGAAUUGGUGAGCAAGUUUCCCUCAUAUUUAUUUCUAGACAUAUCUAUAGGUCCUCUUUUAGAGCGUAGUCUUCCCAGCUGACAGAACAGUAGUAAGGCAUGAAAUGCUCUUAAAAGCAGGCCAUUUUAAAACAGCAACAUGACUAAAACAGCAGCUUAGACUCCAGUAAUUAAGACAUAGCACUAAAAACAUUUUUAAAAUGGCUCAGUAACUUAAGCCAGCAUCGCUAUAAGAUCUUAAGGCAACCUGAAACAAAUGCAUUUUUUUUAAAGGCUUAUAAUGUUGGGCCUUUCACAGCCCAAUAGGGAAAGAGUUCCACAAUCUGGAGGGGCACCACAGAAGAGACCCUGUCUCUCAUGCCAACCUACUGAUUUGACAUGCAGGUUUGGAGCAUCAAAUUUAAACUGUACUUCUUUCCUUAGAAUUACAGUUACUGUAGUUCGGCUGUGGAGACAGGCUUCUGAAUAUGGACCCCUAACAGAUGGGUACCUAGAGCUGUAUGAGUGUAGCCCCAUAAAAUAAAUUCCAUGUUCACCCAUCAGCUGUUUGGAAGACAUAGCACAGGAAUGAAUUUAGUCCUUAAAGGUAAAGGGACCCCUGACCAUUAGGUCCAGUCGUGGAUGACUCUGGGGUUUGCGACGCUCAUCUCGCUUUAUUGCCUGAGGGAGCCAGCGUACAGCUUCCGGGUCAUGUGGCCAGCAUGACUAAGCCGUUUCUGGCAAACCAGAGCAGCGCACGGCAACGCCGUUUACCUUCCCACCGGAGUGGUACCUAUUUAUCUACUUGCACUUUGACGUGCUUUCGAACUGCUAGGUUGGCAGGAGCAGGGACCGAGCAACGGGAGCUCACCCCGUCGCGGGGAUUCGAACCGCCAACCUUCUGAUCGGCAAGUCCUAGGCUCUGUGGUUUAACCCACAGCACCACCCACGUCUCUGAAUUUAGUCUUUAUUCUUCCUCAACUGUUUCUUUUAGAGGUUGGUCAUGGGCAUCAUUGGAUCACUUGGCUUGCUCCUCCCCGCUUGACAGAAACAUUAUAUUAUUACUGACUUUUGAUUCCAUUGUGAAAGGGCAGGGCCCACUUUAAAAUGCAUGCUGUCUGAUCUUAUUACCAUUUCAUGCUUCAGGAAAAAAAGGUCUCGUCAUAAGUGAAAUGUGAUUGCAGACUGCAUCUUGACCUAGAUUUAUUGGCUAAAACCCAGGGUUCUUACUGCUGUAUUUGUAUCCAUCCUGAGAGCAUGAGAGCUGGCCUACAAAGUUUGAACAAUCGAGUGAAAAGGACAUGUCAAAAGAGAGGAAAUGGGAUGUUAAUAUUAAUGGCAAAUGGAUUCCUUUAAAAAAAAAAAAACCAUGUAAGAAAGACAACAAAGAGAAAUGCUAGCAGGAAAUGACAAGAGUAAGGGAUUAAGAAUAAAGUGUGUCUUGUGAACAGAUAUACCCCUUAGUUUUGUUGGACUGUUGGCAUAUUCAAUACCUUGAAUCCAACUUAGUACUUCUGAGUCCAGAUUUAGGCUGCAGUCCUGUAUUUAAUUUAAAAGGGUAAAGGGCCCCUCGAUGGUUAAGUCCAGUCAAAGGAGACUAUGGGGUUGUGGCGCUCAUCUCGCUUUCAGACCUCAGCGUGACUGUUGACGCCCUCCCCAAACCAGCAGUCGGGGAGUCCUCAAUACUGCCUCUGAGACCAGCUGUGUCAGCUCAGGCAGGAAGACUGCUGGGCAGCAAGAUGGGCAGUAAACCAGCAGAAUCCCUAAUCCAUCCCAGUUGCCCAGGGCCAGGAACACAUGUUCCCAACUGGACAGAGAGCUUCCCUGCCUCACAGAGUCUCUCACAUUUGUCUGAACUGGCCCAUUAUCUCAGUAAGAAAUGAAGGCAGAAAAGCAGCACAUAGCAAGAAGAUAAAGUUAUUCAGGCAGCCUAGAAUAUAUAUUUUUUAAGCAUUUCAGUUUCAGUGAGGCAUCAGAGACGAAGGAAUCACUAUAAGGAAGGGGGAAAUAAAUAGUUUGUCUGGUUGCCACAAUUCUUCUAUACCCUGCAAUAGAAAUAGUUACAGGUAGGUAGCCGUGUUGGUCUGCCGUAGUCGAAAAAAAUUCCUUCCAGUAGCACCUUAGAGACCAACUAAGUUUGUUAUUGGUAUGACCUUUCAUGUGCAUGCACACUUCUUCAGUUACCUGCAAUAGAAAUGAUUGCCUUCAUUGUUCAUAGGGCAAGUUAUUCAUCCUCUGAUGAAAACCCUAUAGUGGCCUGUCUCUUACCAAAAUAUUUGUUUCCUUGUUUGGUGUAGAUUACGAGUACAAGUCUAGUCGCUAUCUCCAUUUGAAUUCUAAAUGUAUCUUGGAUCUACGCAGAAUGUGCUAAAUUGAGUAGAAGAAGCACGUAAUUGUGCAGUUGUGCAAAACAUGUCAAACAACCUUGCAAAUGAAAAGGAAAAGAAAGGUCCUCUACUUUUCGUGACUAACAGAAUAGACAAAAGUCCUCAGGACGCAAUUCCCAACUAAGAGACGUUAACUCUUAACGUCUAGCUUUAAACACUUUUGUACUGCGUUUAGUUUUAGUGGGAAUAUUUGCACCCCAUCAGAGCAGUGAAACGUGACCUGUACAGACGCUACUUCCAAUUCUACUGUCACUGAUCCAGAUGUUUUCUGUAUAGACUUACACAUCAGUGACUUUUUAAAUCCACUUCAUAUGGAGGCAUAGUGAGCUUGUAAUGUAGCCAUUGGUUCCUUGCUUUCCACACACAUCGUUAAAUGUCCAAACUGUUUUUUGGUUUUGUGUUCAACCUAAACAAACCUAAACCUUUUUUGGUUUUGUGUUCAACCUAAACAAACAUAGUUAUCUUGGGGGGAAAUCAGUAAGGAGAUUAUCUACCUUGAGGGACAUUUCUGUGCCUGAGCAGCAAUCACACAAAGCCCACUUAACACUGUCCUUGAUUCACCUUUGAGCUAUUGUUUAGCUCAAAAUGCUGUGUGUGCAUUUCGGUUUUGACAUGAUUUUGCGGGAGGCUUAUCAACUCGCAUGCUGCUUUUGAUUGCAUGCAGUUGCUUCUUAUCUCAGGCCUAGUUUACAUACCCCUCCUGGAAACAGCCCAAACCACCAUGCACAAAACAAGAGCAUUUAAAGCGGCAAUUUACAUCGCUGCUUCUCUGUGUGAAUGAGUCCCAAAUGCGGGUCCGGUGUUCUUGGUAAGAAUAGCAAAGCAAUAUAGCCUCUCUCUGUCAAAUUGUUUCCUCUGCACUUUUAUCUCAUGCAUAUUGGCUUGUAGCCUAUGAUAAGGAAGCGCAUGGAAGGAAAGUUCCCUAUUGCCUCCUUCCCAUUUGCAGGUGGCGCUGUGGUCUAAGCCACUGAGCCUCUUGGGCUUGCCAAUCACAAGGUCGGCAGUUCAAAUCCCCACGACAGGGUGAGCUCCCGUUGCUCUGUCCCAGCUCCUGCCAACCUAGCAGUUUGAAAGCUCACCAGUGCAAGUAGAUAAAUAGGUACCACUGCGACAGGAAGGUAAGCAGCGUUUCCGUGCGCUCUGGUUUCUGUCACAUUGUGCCAGAAACGGUUUAGUCCUGCUGGCCACAGGACCUGGAAAGCUGUCUGUGGACAAAAGCUGUCUCUCUCGGCCUGAAAGCAAGAUGAGCACCGCAACCCCAUAGUCGCCUUUGACUGGACUUAACCGUCCAGGGGUCCUUUACCUUUUUGUUUUUACCAGUGAAUCCUUCUACAAGGCCUGGAGAUGCUGGGGACCUUGCCUGAACAAUGUGGAAUGGUUUCCAGUGGGGAGGAACGCCCAAGAAACUUUCCUUCCAUGUACAUCCUUCAAUUUAAGUUACCUUAGGAUCCAAGCCCAUUUUUGAACAAUUUCCCCCUUCCCCAGCGGUCCCCAUUAAUACGCCCCAUACAGUGGUACCUCGGGUUGCAUACGCUUCAGGUUACAUAAGCUUCAGGUUACAGACUCCGCUAACCCAGAAAUAGUACCUCGGGUUAAGAACUUUGCUUCAGGAUGAGAACAGAAAUCGUGUGGCGGUGGCGCGGCGGCAGCAGGAGGCCACAUUAGCUAAAGUGGUGCUUCAGGUUAAGAACAGUUUCAGGUUAAGAACGGACCUCCAGAACGAAUUAAGUACUUAACCCGAGGUACCACUGUACCAUGUUGUUCAGGUUUUGGUGUCAAUGGGGAAGGGAGGAAUAGGAAUCUUUUUCUCAGUGAACUUUCUUAACUGUGCAAAAUUCUGGGGAAGUUGAGGAGACUCUACUACUUCGAAAUGAAAUGGCUUGCUUCGGCAGUAACCCGCAACUCUUGCUCCAAAGUGCAGUUCUUGGUUUGAACAUGGCUGUAAAGCAAACAGAGCUUGGAUUCCUUAAGAAUAUUCACCUUCAAAUCAAUGAGAGAGGUGGAUUGGUGCCUAAGCAGUCCUCACUCGUUUCAAAUUGGCUUGUAUUUUGUUGAUUUCGAGCUCUAAUGCUUAAAAGUCCAAGCUAAACGUUUGUUAAAAAAUAAGUGCUUCUGGGCUUAGGUAGAAUUAACUUCCUCGCAAAUAAAUGCAUUUAGGAUUAUAGACAGAACUUUCUCUGGGUAUAUUCACUGAGUGCAGAUGUGUUUUAUUAGUUCUGCAUAACAGGGAUAUUUAGGAGAAAGCGUACCCUAAUUGGAAUGCAUUUGUUUCUCAGAAGAGGGAGUUGGCUGCUGGCAGGAAAUUCCUAUUUUUUCCUGUUUCUUCUUAGGCCAUUAGGAUUCUCCAAUUACUUAGAAGUAUUUCCUUUGCAACUCUCUCCUGUUAUAUGACUCCAUGAGCCCGUGAUAAGAUUUUUCUUCUGCUGCUGCCACUACAAAAGGUCUAUUUGAUAUGUUAGGGACAUACACCCUUAAUAGAACCUUAGAGGUUUGCCUAGGCCCCGGACAAGAGCCUCAAAGAAAUAAAGAUUAAGAUAGACAUGGCUGAAUGUGGGGGGGGAUGGGACACUGAGCAGUAAUUGCAAGCUGUAUCGACAGCCAUCUGUAAGGCAAAACCAGAAAAAUAAUCCAGGUAGAGAAGUAUGUUACAGAAAAUCUCACUGAUAGUCUCUCUCAUUUAUUGUAUUUUUCUCUGGUCUGCUUAGUCUUUCCAUUGUAUAUGAGGUCAGGUAUGGCGCAGGUAAAGAUGCAGGUGCCACUUUUCAGGUGAUAUGUGGUGUGCUUGUGCUGAGAAUCACUGUAGGAUUUGCAAAGGCAAAGGGCUUUGCUAGUACUUGACAACCAGCUGAUCAACAUCACCUGCAAAGACCUGUGUCGUUGCCUGCACUAUUAUUGUUAUUGUUGUUGUUUGUUGUUGCUGUUGUUAUUUACCUGAAGUAUACCUGAAGGAGCGUCUCCACCCCCAUCGUUCAGUACUGACGUCCAGCUCUGAGGGCUUCUGGAGGUUCCCUCACUGCAAAAAGUGAGGUUACAGGGAACCAGGCAGAGGGCCUUCUCGGUAGUGGCGCCUGCCCUGUGGAAUGCCCUCCCAUCAGAUGUCAAGGAAAUAAGCAGCUAUCUGACUUUUAGAAGACAUCUGAAGGCAGCCCUAUUUAGGGAAGUUUUUAAUGUUUGAUGUUUUAUCACUUUUUUAUUAUCCUUGUUAAUAUUCAGUUGGGCUGGGGAAACCCAGCCAGAUGGGUGGGGUAUAAAUAAUAAUAAUAAUAAUAAUAAUAAUAAUAAUAAUAACUAUUAUUAUUACUAUUAUUUCAAUUAAUAUACCACCCUUUAUCAAGAGAUCCCAGGGCGGUGUACAACAUUAAAAACACAUUACAGAACAUCAAUGAUACAAACAUAAUAAAAAGCAUACUGACAGACAGCCUAAUAAUAAAAUAGUCGUUACAAUAACAGUCCUCUUCUCCCACACUUUCCGAGGCCAUAGAUUAUUUAAUAGCCAUAGGCCUAGGUAAAGAGGAAUGUUUUUGCCUGGCACCCAAAAACAUGUAAUGAUGGUGCCAGGCGAGCCUCUUUGGGGAGAGUAUUCCACAAUCGGGGAGCCACUGCAGAAAAGGCCUGUUUUCCCCCCACCACCUGCAAAACUUGGCCCAUGGGGGUGGGGUGGGGUAAAGCACCAGUCCGCCAGCCAGAUUCUUUCUUUUUCUUUUUCAAAUUUUUUUAUCGAUUUUCCAAAAUUUAAACAAACAAACAUACAUACAUCUUAACUGUACUUGAUCCGAUCUUAGUAACAUUAUUAAGUGACUUCCUCAAAUCCCCCUGGCUGAAUAUCAGUGUAUAUCAUUGUAACAGUUUUCCAAAACCAGUUUUCUCAUAAAAUUAACUUAAUCACUUAACAUCUUUCUUUCUUUUCAUUUUAACUUUAAACAUGUUAUUCUCUAACAGUACAUAUUUAAAUCCUAAGCCUAUCUGGUAUUUGCAAAAUUUUCCAGUUAAAUUAUCUUAACAUAUUUAACAAAAUAAUCUUUGAAUUUCAUCUAUUCCUCCUGGUAGUCCUCCUCCUUCUGGUCGCGGACUCUUCCAGUCAGGUCGGUUAGCUCCGAAAAGUCCAUCAUCUUCAUCUGCCAUUCCUCCACUGUUAGGACUUUUUGUGUUUUCCAGUUCUUAGCUAACGAAAUUCUAGCUGCAGUUGUGGCAUACAAAAACAGUCUAACAUCUUUCUUGGGCAAUUCCAAACCUGUUAUUCCAAGAAGAAAGGCCUCUGGUUUCUUAAUAAAUGUAUAUUUCAACAUUUUUUUCAAUUCAUUAUAAAUCUUCUCCCACCUUGGGGCAGGUCCACCACAUAUGAUAAAAAGUACCUUCUUUUUCUUUACAUUUCCAACAUAAAUUAUCAGUAUUAUGAUAUAGCUUUGCCAAUUUUACAGGAGUAAAAUCCACCAGCCAGAUUCAGUCCCCAACCCUUGUUUUACACUGAGAGAGAAACAGUGGUUGCCUUCACUUGUAAAGUUUGGCUUAGCAUGUUACCUGAACUUGGGAUCUUCGUUAAGGUAUCUCCUCAGCCAUGGUCUGUAGCUGUGGUUUGUCCUGUGAUGAACGCUUGUGCUGAAGGAGGAGAGACCUUAACCGUGAUCCAGAAUUUGGAUGACACGCUUGAGCUUAAAAAGCCAAGAGAGGACCAAAGUUGGUUUGAGCUCCUCUCUUGGAGCAAACCUAUUUGCAUAGUCCCAGGAAGCCAUUGGCUUUUUAAACAGUGCUAAUUUGGAAGGCCGUGGUUUCCUGUCUGUGUUGAUAUAGAAGAAGAGCGUCAGUUUGUGGCAAAUAGAUAUCAUACUUGGAGUUAGCUGUGCAAGGCUUUGUGGAGGGCAAGGCAUGUGUUCUCACAGCACUGGGACUGGAAGACUGGCCCCUCCUUCAAUUCUGUCUUCGGAGCAUCUGUCUUAGCCACAAAAGCUCUGCUCUAUGGUAAAUCUGGCAGCCUGAGAAAAAGUAAAGAAGACACGCAAAAGGUAUUCUCUAGAGCUUCAUACAGCUAGGAUGAUGGAUUUUGUAGCAUUCGGUCAUCCAUCAGUUUUAUUGUAUAUAGCCGAAGGCGACAGAGAAUAAAAGGAAAGCUUUCCUCUAAAAUCAUACAACGUAACCUGUAUCAGUUUACAACAUAAAAAGAAAUUUACAGCAUUAAAAAUUGAGAUUGGAGUGCAUUCACAUGGCUGGAACGGAACUUCUUGGCUGCCAGCGAAAUUUGGCUCCUGGGUGUGUAAUAUAUAGAUGUUUAUCUGCUAGGGGUUCGACUUUCACUUCCUGUGCGGAUCGACCUGGAAGCCAAUUAAGAAUUGGCGAUACAAAAAAAUCCCUCUGGGCGUUCUAUACAGGGGGCAAAUCAGCAGAUAGUGUGUAAUGUCUCCUACCUGAUUGCAUCCAUAUAUACGAUCCAUAUGGGGCAUUCCCCGCUAUCUCCCUUCUAAAUAUGCUGAGGGCAUCCUGUUGGAAUCUUAGUUCUACAAAGGCCCCGUGUAGUUGUGGGAAGGUCAGAGUCUCAAGGCAACGGGGCCUUGAGUGAUUGGUCUUAAUUUGGGGGUACCAAGUAGAGUAAUGGGUGGCAAUGAUGGAUGCUCUGGCUUGGUUGGCAUCCUGGUCAAAAAUCCAGUUUCUAAGGUCGCGUGGGCUAAGGGCUAAGAAGAGUUUUGGAUUUGAUAUCCGGCUUUAUCACUACCUGAAGGAGUCUCAAAGCAGCUAACAAUCUCCUUUCCCUUCCUCCCCCACAACAAACACUCUGUGAGGUGAGAGUGAGGCUGAGAGACUUCAGAGAAGUGUGACUAGCCCAAGGUCACCCAGCAGCUGCAUGUGGAGGAGCGGAGACGCGAACCCAGUUCACCAGAUUAUGAGUCUACUGCUCUUGACCACUACAGCACACUGACUAUACAAGUAGUUCUCCAUUUGAAGAUUAUAAGCCCUAACCUUCUCUUGGCAUUUUUGUGCCCAGCCUUAGUUGCUCUAACCAGCAGAGCUUAGUAAGAGUAUGAUCACUGAAGGCAUAUAGCCUGCGCUAGUAUCUCAGAUAGGCUAGAUCAGAAUCAGGCAUGCCCAAAGUCCAUUUUAGGGGCCUAAUUUGGCCCCCUGGCCGGUUUUACCCAGCUCCUGUGGCAGUUUAUUUAUUGGUGUCAAAUCCUAAAGAAAGCUCCACAACUUCAUUCUUAAAAAAAGCUCAACAACUUUGGUUGGCCCUCACGCACGUUCACUUCAUCAAAUUUAGCCCUCUUUGAAAAAAGUUUGGGCACCCCUGGGCUUGAUCACUUCUGGCUGCAAGCAAGGGAAGGUCCAACUCCACUCUGCCAGUGUCCCGCAGGGAGGUCCCCAAAUCUGCCUUAUAAAUUUAUUUUGUGGGACCUCUAUUUCAGAUUUAACACCAGUUCCCCAUAUCUCAGCCCCAUAGAGCACUUGGAUGAUGAUUUUAGAGGCAAAGCUCUUAAUAGCUGGGUUGAUUAGCUGCCCAUUAUUUGAAUGGAAGAACCUAUAUAACUGUCCAGUAGAACGGCCAGAUAUUAGCUGAAUUGCUUCCAGAUGGGGUUUCCACGAUGACUUCCCAUCAAUAAAUAAUCCUAGAUAUUUAAAUCUGAGUACUUGCUCUAGGGUGUGACUGUCUAGAGUUCAACUGGACUUGGUAGUCCUCUUGCCAAAUACAAUGACCUUGGUUUUAUCGUAGUUAAUUUUUAUUUUUUAGAUGCUUUUUUUUUUUUUUUUUUACACAGUUGGCAAAAUUUAACCUGUAUCCUCCUGAGAUUUUAUUCUGAGAUAACAAAACAGAAUCAUCAGCGCAGAGCAGAAUUGAUGAUUCCCAGGGGUGGGGGCAAAAAAGGAGGGGGAGCCAUAUCAGGGAUGAGAUUAAUUAUAUAGUAAUUAAGUAGGAAGGGUGAUUUUGUAGCAUUAAGCUGUGCAACCUUGGGUGAUUAAAAGUAGAAAAAGAAAACAUAAUUAAACGAAGAAAUCAACCUGAGCCCUCUCUUUUUCUUAGAUCUUGACACGGCUUAAAUUUAUGCAAUAAAUUAGCAAAUCCUGCUUUUCUUCUGUAAAGCUCAGGGCAAUGACAUCACAUCCUCCAGCCAGUUUAGCCACUGAACAGAUGUAGGCAUACUUAGGUUGAUGCACUAUAUGCACCUUCAGAUUGAUCUUUGAGAUUAAUAAUAAUAAUAAUAAUAUAUUUAUACUCACACAUCUGGCUGGGUUGCCCCAGCCACUCUGGGCAGCUUCCAACACAUAUAAAAAUAAUUUUUAAAAAAUCAAACAUUAAUAGUAACAAUUUGAUCCAAUAUAAAAAGUCACAAUAACAAUUAUAUACGUUGAAAACAUUUUCUCUUAUGAUAGUCCUUGUUCUAUUUGGACAGCAUGGUAAGUCAAACCUUGGUUUAGUGUAGCAGGACCAGAGCAGUUGGAGUCUCUUCCCGGGAGACCACACAUUCAUGCUAAGCCAUGGUUUGGCUGAGUGCUACAUGUGAACUCAGCCAAUGACAUUCUUACAGUUUCAUAGAAUGACUUAACAUGUUUAUAUAAAGUAGCUCACUCACACUUUUUUAUGCAUUUGUAAAACUGAACAACUCACAGCUUUGAGAAGACCGUGGUUGGCAGGGGCAGAAAUCAUGUUGGAGCUCCUUGUAGGAGUCAUGAAAUAUAAAUGUAAUUAAUAAAGUAAACUUUACUGGCAGGCAAAAUCAGUCGUAGUUUCUAGUUUCCGGUGAUCAGAAUUUAAAGUCAUAUAGCUUCACAAACCUUUUCCGUGUGAUCUAUGUUUAUCAAUGUCCGAUAAAUAAAGUGCAAUUUUGUUUUUUGCAGUAUAUCCACUCGUCAGGCAUAAUUCAUCGGGUAAGUAAAGAAUCUCAUUUCUGGGUUGCUGUUUCUCUGUCCUGUAGUUUUAGAUGGCUCUCUCACAGAAGCAAGCCAAAGGCAUGAGAAUGAUUUAAGAAACAAACACCUAGUGGGUCAGCGCAAUGUUAACUUAACGUUUGCCUUGAUCCUGAUUACAAAAUCUGUUCCGCGACUGCUAAAAUGAAAGGAUUGUUUCCGAUGAACAAAAUACAAUUAAUGGGUUGCAUCCCAAGUCAGCCUUUAGAGUACAGCCACUGAAAUCCAUGGGACUUAAGCUAAUCAUGAGCAACUUAAGUUCCACUGCUUUCAGUGGGUCUACUCUAAGCAUGGCUAAUUCCAGAACCAACCCCUUGACAGUUACAUCCAUUAGAUUACAUCCAUUACAUCACACAUAUUCACAUGCUAUUUUUCAUCCUAUCGAUGGUAAGAAGAAAAAGAACUACAAAGAAGAGUAACUGUUUUAUUACGUGGUUUUAAUAAUUAGGACCUAGGAGCAGGUAUCUGCUGUGACUAGGAAAAUACGCAUUGCUUGUUCCGUAGAUAUCUGAUAUGUUUUGGCUUCUUCUGUAUGUUCUUAAAAUACUAUUUAAAACGCCAAGCUUUUGUAGCUAAAUCAGAAAUUAUUGCCAUUUUAGAGUAAGUAUCACAAUGUGGGGAGUGAUAUUCCUGUUGUUAAGUACAGUGGUGCCUCGCAAGACGAAAUUAAUCCGUUCCGCGAGAGUCUUCGUCUAGCGGUUUUUUCGUCUUGCGAAGCAAGCCCAUUGACGGAUUAGCGCUAUUAGCGCUAUUAGCGGUUUAGCGGCUAUUAAAGGCUUAAAGGCUUAGGGGAUUAGCUGCUAAAAGGCUAUUAAAGGCUAUUAAAGGCUUAGCAGAUUAGAUAAAGGGGGAAGCGAAAAAAAUCUCAAGACUCGCAAGAUAUUUUCGUCUUGCGAAGCAAGCCCAUAGGGGAAUUCGUCCUGCGAAGCAACUUCAAAACGGAAAACCCUUUCGUCUAGCGGUUUUUCCGUCUUGCGAGGCAUUCGUCUUGCGGGGCACCACUGUACCAGGAAAGCUCACUGUGUGUAGGUGGUUUCUUGGGUUUGCUCAGUGGAAGUGUUAUAAUAAAUUCUAAGUGUGCAGCCUUGUAUUAUAAAAUAAAAGGCGCCUAAGUUGAACCUGUGUCAUUAACCUAGGCAUUUCAGGCCUAGAAUAGCAUUAGUCCUAGAUUAGAUCUAGGUUUGAUGUGCCCCGACCUUAGAUACAGGAUAAGGCUGUUUUCCGGAUAUGUGACAAUUUCCACUUCAAGUUCUGACACUAUCAGAAAUCAAGAAAUAAAUAAAAAUAAAUAAUGUCCAGUAGCACCUUAGAGACCAACUAAGUUUGUUUUCGGUAUGCGCUUUCUUGUGCAUGCAAACUUCUUCAGAUACACUGAAACAGAAGUCACCAGAACCUCAUAUAUAUAGUGAGAGGGUGGGGAGGGGUAUUACUCAGAAGGGUGGUAGGAAUGGGUGAUUCAGACCAGGUCUCCAUGGUUUUAGGUUUGGUAAUAUGUUGUAAUUCAGCAACUGAAUAGAGAUAUUGGAUUCUUAUCUCAUUAUACAUGAUAAAGCUAUCUUUGGCCAUCUCAUCCCUUGCUUUUUCCUGUAAGACCAACUGCAGUCGUUAACAGUCGUCAACACCUAUCGGGCCAAUCACCCAUUCCCCACCCUGCCCUAAACAAUGCCCUCCGUUGAAAGAAGUACUGGUUUUUUUUUUUAUUUUAAAUGCAUUCUUCCUGAAGAGAAUUUCAUCUCAGAUUUCUUUGUUUUUAAAUAUAUUUGUAGGACUUAAAACCUGGAAAUCUAGCAGUAAACGAAGACUGUGAACUGAAGGUAAGAAAUUUGAACACUUUGGGCUUACAGAAGUUUGAAGAUAUAGAAAUGGAUGUGGGGGGAUUUGGUAGUUGGACCUCGGAACUAAUGUGAUAGGAGCCUUUCAAAAGGAGGGUGGCGCAGGGUAGUACAGUGGUACCUCGGGUUAAGAACUUAAAUUGCUCUAGAGGUACGUUCUUAACCUGAAACUGUUCUUAACCUGAAGCACCACUUUAGCUAAUGGGGCCUCCCGCUGCCGGAGCACAAUUUCUGUUCUCAUCCUGAAGCAAAGUUUUUAACCUGAGGUACUAUUUCUGGGUUAGUGGAGUCUGAAGCCUGAAGCGUCUGUAACCUGAAGCGUCUGUAACCCGAGGUACCACUGUAUAUAAUUAUUUUGUGGUAGUUCCUUUGAAUGUCUUCUGAAGUUAUAGAAUAAUGGCAGUGUUUGGGUCAUAAGUUCACAAGGGUUGGCAGAAAUGAGUUAAGCAAGCCAAGAAACAGGUUGCUUAACUCUGGUUACCCAUUUCAUCCCAUCCAGGAAACUAGUUGACAGGUUUGAUAUAGCCAGUGUAUUGAGCCACCGUUUGAAGUUUAAUACAGCGGAACAUCGGUUGUCGAAAGUAAUCAGUUCCGGAAGACUAUUUGACUUCCAAAACGUUUGACAACCAAGGCGCAAAGGGCUGUCAGCAAUUUCAAUGGCGAAAAUUGAGAAACACGCCUCGGAAGCCGUUCAACUUCUGAGGCACAUUCAAAAACGGAAGCAAUUACUUCCAGGUUUUCAGUGUCCGAGUUCCAAAGCAUUCAGCUUCUGAGACGCUCAAAAACAAAGGUUCCACUGUACCAUGGUGUGUUCCGAAGCUAUUAACCAUAGCUUCCCAGAUCAGAAAUUAUAAUUAACUGAGAACUUUACAGCUUUGCCUCCUCACAUGAAGGGCUCUGUGUGCGCCCACAAGGCCUGUUCAUAUCUUGGCUUAUUAAAUCGAGAUACGAUUGUCCAAACUAGCCCAGUGUGUCUUGAAGCCUGAAAUAACAUAAUUCAUAAUUACUGGCUAAGGUAAGGUUGCUUGCACCAUAGGCAAUUAGCUGCUUUUUUUAGAGGGCCGUGCACGACGGGUUUCAUUGGUAAUUAUUGGACUUCACCCAAGAUGCUGCGAGGUUCAUUGUUUAUAAGAGGAAUGCAGAGCUGAGCAUUUGCUUGCGUGGAAUAAACUUUGCCAGAGGUAUUUUACUAAGCUGCAUGAAAUAAUAAGCAGGAAUUGCAGUGCUACUGGGUUGAGGUAGUGUCAUUAAAGUGCCAAGAAGAAAAUCUAUAUUUUUUUGAACCAACUGGAAACUCUCUUACUUCAACAUUCUUACUGUCUUUCCAAAACUAAAAUUGCUCGUUCUGUGCAUGCAGUUGGGUUAUUUCCCUUGCAGCAAAAGCUCUUGAGGCAAUCACCUCAGCGUGGCUGUUGAAGCCCUCCCAAAACCAGCAGUCGGGGAGUCCUCAAUAUCGCCUCUGAGACCGGCUGUGUCAGCUCAGGCAGGAAGACUGCUAGGCAGCAAGAUGGGUGGUAAAUCAGCAGAAUCCCUAAUCCAUCCCAGUUGCCCAGGGCCAGGAACACAUGUUCCCAACUGGACAGAGAGCCUGGAUGGAGAGAAAGAGAGACCAAAUCAACUUCACUUCCUAUGUUGAUGCUGCACUGAGUGGGCACAGCUGGGUGAGACCAACUUCCUCCUGCUCACCUACCCAGGUCUCAGUGAUGCAGACCAGAUUGGCUUCCUCAUUCAUAAUCAGAUAAUGGAUAAGGCAAGUCUUACUCAGAGCCAACUUGGCAUUCAGCUACGGCAGCCACAGGCCUGAGGGCUGGUUGAUAAACGGUAAAGGACUCCUGGACAGUUAAGUCCAGUCAAAGGCGACUAUGGGGUUGCGGCGCUCAUCUCGCUUUCAGGCUGAGGGAGCUGGUUUUGUCCUCAGACAACUUUCUGGGUCAUGUGGCCAGCAUGACUAAACCGCUUCUGGUGCAACGGAACACAGUGAUGGAAACCAGAGUGCACGGAAACGCCAUUUACCUUCCCGCCGCAGCGGUACCUAUUUAUCUACUUGCACUGGCGUGCUUUCGAACUGCUAGGUUGACAGGAGCUGGGACAGAGCAAUGGGAGCUCACCCCGUCGUGGGGAUUCAAACCGCUGACCUUCUAAUCGACAAGCCCAAGAGGCUCAGUGGUUUAGACCACAGCGCCACCCGCACCCCUGAGGGCUGGCUGAUAGGACAGGUGCAGUUCCCCAGGUUGGAAGAGGGUCUGGCACACAGCACAAUCACUAACUGCUUGUCCCAUGUGCCCCUUACCCGUCCUGCCCCACCUCUCACACCAAAUCUUCCUGAAUCACUGCAACUGGGGCCCCCACUGCUCUCCCCAGCUCCUUCUGGACACAUGCAAACCCCAUGUAAAUUUAAAACAGUUAAAACAAUUGUAGCAUUGGCCCUGUCUCUGCUUUGUAGCUGAUGCUGCAGCCAGAAGAUGUAGACUGGCUGCAGGUGCAGAGGUCAAAGAGGUCAAAGCUGCUCUCAGCUGCUAGCACUGGCUUGCCUAACGGUGAAAAGCUCAGCUGGUGCAAGACUACCAGGGAGUGGGUAGCUGUAGAUCAGGGAUCGGCAAGGUUUACCGGCCAUGGGCCGAAUCACUCCCACAGAGAUCAUCCGUGGGCCGGACUGGCGCAGCGUGACACCGAAAAUCACACCUGCGCAGAAGCGAUUUUCAGCAUCUGGACAUGCGCAGACACAAUUUCUGGUAUAUGCGCAGGUACAAUUUUUGGCACCGCUUGACGAGUCCCCACACUGCACUGCUCCGGUUUAGCGCAGUGCUCGGGGGACUUGCCAAGUGGGCGGCCCAGGGGCUGGUAAAAUGGUUUUUGUGUGCCACAUCCGGCCCACGGGCCGCACGUUGCCGACUCCUGCUGUAGAUGGUGCGGGGAUUGGAAGUCUCUCUUUUUACUCUCUCCUGCUUGUCUCCUCGCCACAAACAGCAUUCACUUGUUUCCUGGAUCUUUGAACUGCCGAGCUACAUUUUAUAUUCUAUUAGAGCUAAAGGGAGUGUUGGGUAUAAAAAUAUUUGCAUUUGAACGCUGGGAAGCUGCAGCAGCAGCAAAAAAACCAAGCCCAUAACCUGAAGACGAUCAAACCCUUCCAAGCACACUGCUGAGUUGUGGCAUUAAUAGAAUGGCAUUGACUAUGUAAUUGCAACUUUCUCGAUAAAAUAAUAGGUUUAAGUUAAAAGGGAAGUGGGAAAAGAGUGAUUUGAUCCGACUGAUGUGUUAAGUAUUGCUGCCUUUUAUCAUUCAAUUGUGCAGUUUCAAAAAAAACAACAACCACAAAACCACUUCUGUGAACUAGAAUUACCACUUACUGUUGCCAGAAAAAAAAACUAGUAUGCAGAGACAACGUCCCUGGUCCCCUUCAUAUAAUGAAUAGUCUCUUUUAGAUAAAUGCCAUUCCUUGCGAAAGUGCUUUUCAGUGUGAACAAGGAUAUCAAAACCAAGUAGACAUCUGCAUUUCUCUGAAACAAAGCAGUUGUUUCACUGCAAGUGGCUCUGUCGCCAGCGCCGAAACUUGGGAAGGGUUAGCAAUGAUGUCAGAUUCAGCGCGAGAGAGAUUGUUUUCAAUUUGCAUUUGUCGUCGAAGAAUGUGUGCUUAAGUCUGUGGUUGCUGUUUCUUGAUGGAAAUAAGUAGACCUGGGUGACAUAUCGAUACAUUGCCCGGGACCGGUUUGACGGCCAGACCACAAUGUCACCUUCACCCAGCUGUAUAUCGCGAAUGAAAUCACUGCCGCUCUUGAGUACCUCCGCCACCAGUGCCCGGCAAAUGGAGAGAAGAACAAAAUGCAUCAGCCCCAGCCCUGCUGAGGCAUCGGGGUGAAAUUGUCGCCACUCCUGCUGAGGGAGCUGAGGCAGUUUGACCCCGGCGACUUGCGUGGCCGUGGCCAAUGCAGCUCAUUCCUCUGCACAAGAACAAGUAUUUACAGUGGUACCUCAGGUUAAGUACUUAAUUCGUUGCGGAGGUCCGUACUUAACCUGAAACUGUUCUUAACCUGAAGCACCACUUUAGCUAAUGGGGCCUCCUGCUGGUGGUGGUGAACGAAAGAGGUUCAAACACUCUCUCAAGGCAAAUCUAAAAUAAAUGUGGUAUAAACAACUGGGAAAUACUGGCCUGCAAACGCUCCAAUUGGAGAACAGCCUUUACCAAAGGUGUCAUGGGUUUUGAAGACACUCGAACUCAGGACGAAAGGGAGAAACGUGCUAAGAGGAAGGCAUGCUUGGCAAACCCUCACCAUGAUCAACUCCCACCCGGAAACCAAUGUCCCCACUAUGGAAGGAUGUGUGGAUCCAGAAUUGACCUCCACAGUCACUUGUGGAACCACUGUUAAAACUGUGUUUAUGGAAGACAAUCUUACUCAGCUAUGAGUGAUCACCAAAGAAGAAGAAGACAUUAUGUAGAUUUAGCAGUUAAGUGGUUCCCCAUCCUAUGAAAUCAGACCUUAGCAAAAUAUGAAAUAAAUAAAGAAUAAAUAAAAUAAUAAAUAAUGAAAUUAAUAGUUUCAGCAGGAACCUUCCUGCUUGACACCCAAGGUUAAAACAUCAGAUUUUGACCUAAAAAUAGACUACAGCUGACAGAGAGAUAGGAAACUUAAGAUUUACAAAAUUGAUUUAUUUUAUUUUAUUAAUGCAGGGAAGUUUGAGUAAUUGACGGUUCAUGCUUUAAAAACACCGUUCAGUUCCCAAGAGGAGACUUUGCUUUGUCGCACAUCCAUCUUCUAAGAAAUCAGCAAUGCUCCACAGACCUAUUAUCUGUGACAGAAUUGUAGUGUAAAACACCGCUGUCAAAACAAGCAGACCUUAUUAACCCUGAAACAUUUUAAGAGUGAAGCGUAAGCCCUGUAGAAAAAUUACCUUCUCUUAACCGAAGGGUUGAAGGGCUUGUGACUGCAGCCAGCCUUUGUAAUCAUAUUACACAGAUCUGGUGUAACUGCGUUUUAAAUCCUUGCAACUAACUGCAGCCUGUGCUUCAGCGACAGUUUGCAGAGCACCAGGCAAAAUGAUGCUUAUUGCAUAUACAGCCUCAGACUGCGAUCCUUUUAUUUUAAAGUAGCCUCUGCAAGUUAUGAAAGGAUCCUGCCCUGGGACUUCUUGCAACAGAGAGCGCAACAGUGUUUAAGAUUCCUUUGCGUGCUUAACGGCCUGAUUCUGUCAACCACUGGUGACCAUCCCAUAGUGUCUGUGAGCACAAACCUCCAUAAAUAAGUAUCGAACUGGGUGCAGUGAGAAAGCAUGUACAGUGGUGCCCCGCAAGACGAAUGCCUCGCAAGACGGAAAACCCUCUAGACGAAAGGGUUUUCCGUUUUGGAGGUGCUUCGCAAAACGAAUUUCCUAUGGGCUUGCUUUGCAAGACGAAAAUGUCUUGCGAGUUCCUGCGGGUUUUUUUUCCUUUUUCCCCCCUUUUCCCCAAGCCGCUAAGCCGCUUAUCAGCUGAUCCGCUAAGCCGCUUAUCAGCUGAUCUGCUAAGCCGCUUAUCAGCUGAUCUGCUAAGCCGCUUAACAGCUGAUCCGUUAAGCCACUAAGCCGCUUAUCAGCUGAUCUGCUAAGCCGCUUAUCAGCUGAUCCGCUAAGCCCGCUAAGCCGCUAAUAGCGCUAAUCCGCUAAACCGCUAAUGGGCUUGCUUCGCAAGACGAAAAAACCGCAAGACGAAGAGACUCGCGGAACGGAUUCUUUUCGUCUUGCGAGGCACCACUGUACACACAACUGAAGUGAUGGACAUGAGGCAGGAGUUGAUAAUGCAGGUGAGCUGCGCACAGGUGAGCUGCAAGCAAGCUGCCGGCCAGCCCUGUGGAGCCUCCUUUUAUUGAGACAAAUAUGCAAACCAGGCAGAUACAUUUUGGGCUGUGACCUUUACACAUCUUCCGGUCCCGAGAUCGUGGGGUGGUACAAAAUUAUUUUGGCACCUGUUUCCACCGCGUCAUUUUCCCCUUGCACAGUGUAUGACAAAGGAGACAAAAGGUCUCAGAGACAAAGGUUACCGACAGGGCACCGCAGACUACUGAGACCACAAAAGGUUAGACAGAGGCAACAGUGUUCAGACAGGCAUGGUGUGUGUGCUCCGCACCCCAAGGUCACGCGUGCAGGCAGACUGAGGCUGCCUGCGGGUGGGGAGUGUGUUCCCUCCGGACCCCACUCCCCACUCCGCGAUCAUCCCUACACACAACCUCAUAGAUAUUGGUGGAUACGCAUGGUUCCCAUCACCCAGAGUAUGGUCUUUUUAAAAUAAGAGACUUAAGAGUAGAAGUAUAGAAUGCACCUUGCCACCACUUCUGGGACCCAUGACUAACAUUUCUUUGCCUAGUUGGUGCUAAGUAAGCAAUGGCGAUCUAUCGGCAACAUCUUUUAAUGCGAGAGGAAGAGAGGUGAUCUCUACUAAUUCUCCCUGCACCAACUUCCUUCCACAUUCUGGCUUUUCCACAGGAUCCCACAAUACGAUACGAUACUCUUUAUUGUCAUUGUCCCAUACAGAACAACGAAAUUGGGGGGGGGGGGAAUCUACAUAAGACAUUCAAAACCAACAAGCCUGCUAUCCCAACCUGGUUAGCCCCCUAAAAACUCUGAUACCCCAUUUUAAAAAUACAAUACAUUCCCAUUGAGACUCCUUACACUGCAUUUAAAACCAAAAUCACAUUUGGAUAGAAACUGUUUCUCAGGCGGCUAGUCCUAGUCUUUAUAACCCUGUACCUUCUUCCAGAAGGCAGAAGCUGAAAGAGAUCAUUUCUGGUGUAUGCACUAUCCUGCGCUAUCUCUGCAGCUUUCUUCUGACAUCUGGAAGCGUAGAUUUGAUCCAAGGUGGGAAGAGUGCACCCAGUUAUUCUCUCUGCAGUCUUUACAACCCUGGACAGCAUUGUUUUUCCCCUGACCGUGCAGCUCCCAAACCACACACACAGACCAUAAGUUAAUACACUCUCAACAGUACAAUGGUAAAAUGCCAUCAACAGGUCCUUUGAGAGAUUGUUUUUCCGGAGGAUUCUCAGAAAAUAUAACCUCUGCUGUGCCCUCUUCAUCAGGUCUUUGCUGUUUUCUCCCCUCUGAAAUGAUGGUACUAGGAGCUGCAGCAGGAAAAGGGUGAAAUUUUGCUCCUUAUUGCUCAACCCAAUUAUCAUAGCAUGAAUCUUAGCCCCAUAGGUCUUUAAACCAUCAUUCAAAGUGAUUAAUUUUCCUUUCGCUUCAUAUAUUCUGGCUUUGAAAACAGAUGCUGGGACAGAGCCCUCGAUCCGGACUCUUAGCGAAGAAGAAAAGUAUUUUUCUUCUCGCUUAACAGAGCGCAACAGCACCGUUUCCUCCCCAGCAUUAUAAUGGCAAUCAGGAGUGUAAUUUUGCAUGUUUAUUACCAAUGUGAUUUUUUCAAUUGCAGUGCUAGAACAUCGGUUUAACGCGUUCUGCUUCUCUGCCACCCCUGUUUUCGAUGUGUUUAUGACUAAUUUGGAGUUGCAAAUUGAAUGCGUCUUUGGUUCCUCUGUAACAGAUUCUGGAUUUUGGGCUAGCAAGGCAUACAGAUAGCGAGAUGACUGGCUACGUGGUUACCAGAUGGUACAGAGCCCCAGAAGUUAUACUUAACUGGAUGCAUUAUACACAAACAGGUAAUUGUCGUGUUUGUGCUCAGAUUAACACUGUAACUUGAGCUCUUCUAGUGGCAUCAUUACACAAAGCUACCCUGUGCUUAUAUUUGUCUCACGGAAUACCAACCAAGGGGUGUUGCUUUGUACAUAAUCCCCUGAUCUCUGUUGUGUUAAUUGGAAUUCUCAGUCUGUUUAUAUCUGGAACAAAAAUGAGGGCAGCUGUUAACUUCCGCGGAGGCCUUCCAGGUGUCUUGAGAAACAAUUCCAGCUUCCCCUCGGGAAAUCAAGGGACGUUUUCUACCAUUCAUGGGUUCCAAGGUAUUGCCAUAUGGCAAUCUAGCUACCUCAGGGUAUGCCUGGGUUUCAGCCUGCCUUCUCAUUGUCUCAGUGUCCUUAUUAACUUCCUAGAACAACUUCAGUCCCAGGCAAUAGAUACAGUCUUGCAGAUACUGGCAGAUACUCCUGUUCCUAUAGCCAUCUGCUUGACCAAACCAUCACCAUCAUCAUCACUGUUAUUAUUAUUAAGCUGUUUCUGCCUCCAGUAUUGGUCCACCCUUUCCUGUAGUCCAGCGGUUCUCAACCUGUGGGUCCCCAGAUGUUGUUGGACUACAACUCCCAUAAUCCCUGAGCUCUGGCCUUGCUAGCUAGGGAUGAUGGGAGUUGUAGUCCAACAACAUCUGGGGACCCAAAGGUUGAGGACCGCUGCUGUAGUCCUUUUCCUUUCUCUUGAGUGCUAACCAUUGGUUGCCUUCUCAGCCGCACUUCUGUUGAAGUCACUUGAUGCCUUUGAAUGCUCGUUCCACAAUAAAUCAGAUGUUGGCAUCUGCAUCUGGGAUAGCUCAGUCAGUAGACCAUGAGACACUUCAUCUCAAGGUCAUGGGCAAAAGAUUUCUGCAUUGCAGAGGGUUAAACUAGAUGACCCCUCCCCAAAUGGUCCCUUCCAACUCUACAGUUCUAUGAUUUGUGUCGAGAAACAAUGGAGUGUGCCUCCAAGGGUGAAGUCAAACCACUGCGAAAGCAGUGCUGAAGUUACCUCCCCGGGGUGCAACACAGCGAUCAAACACAGCGAUCAAAAGGUUGGCGGUUCGAAUCCCCGCAACAGGGUGAGCUCCCGUUGCUCACUCCCUGCUCCUGCCAACCUAGCAGUUCGAAAGCACGUCAAAGUGCAAGUAGAUAAAUAGGUACCGCUCAUGCGGGAAGGUAAACGGUGUUUCCGUGUGCUGCUCUGGUUCGCCAGAAGCGGCUUAGUCAUGCUGGCCACAUGACCCGGAAGCUGUACGCUGGCUCCCUUGGCCAGUAAAGCGAGAUGAGCGCCACAACCCCAGAGUCGGCCACGACUGGACCUAAUGGUCAGGGGUCCCUUUACCUUUACCUCUACCUGGCUGCAGGAGCUGCCGGAAAGAGGCGUACAAAGGCACCAUCCAACCGUUUUAGGGCCGCCACUCUGGAUUUUUGUAGUCUUUACUCCUUAGCCUUUUCUUCUCCUGAAGAUAUCUCACAAGGCAGCAGAGGUUUACGAUCAGAGUUGUCCUUCUCCUAGAUGGGCUACCUUCCCAGGUUGACGAGUCCCUCUACAGCAGGCAUGCCCAAAGUCCGGCCCAGGGGCCAAAUCUGGCCCGCUGGUCGAUUUAAUUCACCCCCCACAAGCAGUUCUGAGAAAUGAAUCUGUUGCGGCCCCUGAGCGCCUGCUGCUUGGCUUGCGCUGCCCAGGAGCCAAAGCUCUGCCAAAGCCAUUUCUCUUCACCAGGGAAAUGGUGUUGCGGGCUCAUCAUGGAGCUCUCCCCUGCGUCACUCCUUGGGUCGACCAAUCUGGUUGGUGGGGGGCGUGGCCUAACCUAAGGUAAAUGUAAGUUCAACCCAAUAAUUUUUAGGGGGGGAGCAAUCCUUUAAAAAGGUCAACAACUUUGGGGCAAAAUCCUAAAAAAGCUCAACAACUUUGACCGGCCCUCAUGCAUGUUCACUUCAUCAAAUCUGGCCCUCUUUGAAAAAAGUUUGGACAUCACUGCAGAACUGCACUUCAUCAUGUGCAAAACUGCCUAAAGCACUAUUUAUCAGAGCAGUUAAGAACUUAUACCAAGUCAGAUUGCUGGAACGUCUUAACUCAACAUUGUCUCUACCCAGAGAGCCAGUGUGGUGUAGUGGUUAAGUGUGGUAGUCUCGUAAUCUGGGGAACUGGGUUCACGUCUCCGCUCCUCCACAUGCAGCUGCUGGGUGACCUUGGGCUAGUCACACUUCUCUGAAGUCUCUCAGCCCCACUCACCUCACAGAGUGUUUGUUGUGGGGGAGGAAGGGAAAGGAGAAUGUUAGCCGCUUUGAGACUCCUUAGGGUAGUGACAAAGCAGGAUAUCAAAUCCAAACUCUUCUACCCUAACUUGGCAGUGGCUCCCCAAGGUUUCAGGCAGGUGAGGUUCUCAGCCCUACCUAGAGAUGCUGAACUUGAGUCAUUCUGCAUGCAGAAUGGAUUCUCUACUGCAGAGGUACUGCCCUUUCUCAAGUAGUCAUUCAGCCAUGAAGCUCACUGGGUGACCUGGGCAGUCACCAUCUCUCAACCUAGCACACCUCAAAGGAUCCCUUGGGUAAAAUGGGGUAGGGAGAGAACUAACCACACCACCUAGAGCAGCCUUUCUCAACCUGUGGGUCCCCAGAUGUUGUUGAACUACAACUCCCAUCACCCCUAGAUAGCUAGGCCAGAGCUCAGCGAUGAUGGGAGUUGUAGUCCACAGGUUGAGAACCGCUGACCUAGAGCAGGGGUAGGCAAACUAAGGUCCGGGGACUGGAUCUGGCCUAAUCACCUUCUAAAUCUGGCCCGGCGACAGUCCGGGAAUCAGCGUGUUUUUACAUGAGUAGAAUGUGACCUUUUAUUUAAAAUGUAUCUCUGGGUUACAGUGGUGCCCCGCAAGACGAAUGCCUCGCAAGACGGAAAAACCGCUAGACGAAAGGGUUUUCCGUUUUGAAGUUGCUUCGCAGGACGAAUUCCCCUAUGGGCUUGCUUCGCAAGACGAAAAUAUCUUGCGAGUCUAGAGCUUUUUUUCCGCUUUCCCCUUUAUCUAAUCUGCUAAGCCUUUAAUAGCCUUUAAUAGCCUUUUAGCAGCUAAUCCCUAAGCCUUUAAGCCUUUAAUAGCCGCUAAACCGCUAAUAGCGCUAAUAGCGCUAAUCCGUCAAUGGGCUUGCUUCGCAAGACGAAAAAACCGCUAGACGAAGACUCUCGCGGAACGGAUUAAUUUCGUCUUGCGAGGCACCACUGUAUUUGUAGGGCAUAGGAAUUCGUUCAUAUAUUUUUUUCCAAAUAUAGUCCCCCCCCCCAAAGGUCUGAGGGACAGUGGACCGGCCCCCUGCUGAAAAGGUUUGCUGAUCUUGAGCUUGACCUUGAGCUCCAUAGAGAAAUGAUGAGGUGUAUUAAAUACCGUAUUUUUUGCUCUAUAAGACUCACUUUUUCCCUCCUAAAAAGUAAGGGGAAAUGUGUGUGCGUCUUAUGGAGCAAAUGCAGGCUGCGCAGCUAUCUCAGAAGCCAGAACAGCAAGAGGGAUCGCUGCUUUCGCUGCGCAGCGAUCCCUCUUGCUGUUCUGGCUUCUGGGAUUCAGAAUUUUUUUUUUUCUUGUUUUCCUCCUCCAAAAACUAUGUGCAUCUUAUGGUCUGGUGCAUCUUAUAGAGCGAAAAAUACAGUAAAUGAAAACCUAAUGACACAGUGGAUGGCCCCAACUCAGAAUCACAACUUGCUGCAUUCGUCCAUAGUUGCUCACUCUUGAAAGUAGAAAAGGAACAUUUGUAAUCCAGUCCUCCACAGCUCCCCCAAAAGCACACAUUGGGUUGCGUCAAGGCGCUACUCCUCUUGCAGAAACCAAAUGCACAUUUUGCAAUUGCAAACCAAAAUACUUUAUGUGCCUUGCCUCGUAAAGGAUUUGUUUUUCUGCAUAAAGCACAGGCAUAAGCUGAACUUAAAAGGUCUCGCACAGCAAUUCAAUGUAACCAUUUUCUGUAUUUCAGUUGACAUCUGGUCAGUGGGUUGCAUCAUGGCUGAGAUGAUCACGGGAAGGCCGCUCUUCAAAGGCAACGAUCGUAUCCUUUCACGGCGAACACUUGGCAUCUUGGAGGUCCCAGGCCACAGAGAAGUUAGGCUGGACUCAACCAGAGCCAGGGCUUUUUCGGCUGUGGCUCCGAUCUGGUGGAACGCUCUGUCACAAGAGAUUAGGGCCCUGCAGGACUUGACAUCUUUCCGCAGGGCCUGCAAGACAGAGCUGUUCUGCCAAGCCUUUGGCCAGGGCACAGCCUGACUCCCUCCUUUGGCAAUCUUCACAGAACUCUAGCCCAAUGGUUGCCAUGAAUUUGAUUUGAAGUAAUUUUUUAAUGAAAUGAUUUUAGAAUGUUGUAUUAUUUUAUUGUUGUUAGCCGCCCUGAGCCCGGCCUUGGCUGGGGAGGGCGGGAUAUAAAUAAAAAAUUAUUAUUAUUAUUAUUAUUAAUAAUAAUAAUAAUAAUAAGAUGUAGAAGUAUGUAAGAAUCUGGGUGUCAAAAGAGUGCGAGUUCAGAAACACUUUAAACAAAUAAUUAUCCCUUGAGCUUCUUGCUUCCAAAUGUCUGGGGUUUUUUUUAAAGUUUGUGUUUCGGCCAAAAUUUGCAAAGAGGGAAACUUAAUAGUACAUCACGGCUGCUUUGCAUUACUAAUUGCAAGUAGAAAUUCACAUUUGUAAGACUCCCUGGCACACAGGGCUGGUUUUUUAGUUAAUCAUAUAUACUUGGUUGCCAGCUAUGCUUUACAACUUCGUAUCUGUCCCUUCCUUCCCUACUGUGGGACUACAUAGAAGCUCAGCAAGUAUUACUGAAAGUCAGGGACAGCUAAAGCUAAGGAAGGCUGCCCUCAAAAGCUUGCAGAAAGUCCUUAUAACUAGUUUUGAAAGAGAAGUAUAAAACUAUCUGAGCUCUAAUGUGGCUUAUAAAAGCUUGUGGAAACAUGAAUGAAUGAAUGAAUGAAUGAAUGAAUGAAUGAAUCUUUAUUUGUGUCAGCCAUUGGCCAUAGCAAUAAAACACCAAUACGAUAUACAAAGAAUAGAAAUAAAAAGUCAAUUCUAUAAAAUACAUUUUAGGGUUUUGAAUCAAUAGUCAAAUAGUGGAGCUUGCAACCUUUGCUGUUACCUGCUCAUCUUGAUCUGCCAAGAGAAAGGACCCUGUGUCAGUGGUUGGACGACCCAGAAUGGACAAUAAAAGAGGGGUGAUAAUCUCAUUCAAGUCUUUGUGCAAACAUAUUUUUUCUGUCAGGUCCAAAGCUGAGCUAUGAAGUGUCCUCCCCAUUGCUAUCUCUGAAUGGUAUUCAGAGGUCAUCCUUAGCCAGCUGUGGUUUUGGGAAGGUAUAAGAGACAAGUAGACUUUAGCAUGUAGAAGCCAAGACCGUCUAAAACACCUCUCCUUUUUACACGCGUUGUAUUUUCCAGUAUUAAUAGCAAGAAAAACCAGUUCUGUUACAACAUGCUUUUUUAUUUUGACAUACAUACUGAAGAUUUGACUCCUGACUUUGGCAUUCAGACCUGGACCAGCUCACAGAAAUAAUGAAAGUAACAGGCACACCAACUCAAGAUUUUGUUCAGAAACUGCAAAGUCAAGAUGUAAGUAGCUCUUGCUUUCUCUGAUUUCUUAAGGACAUAGUGCAGAUUCAGAAAUGUCAUGUGGAUUGCAUCAGUUCAGGUGGGAGACGGCAUAUAUGCUUUUUCAUAGUAAUUUUCAUUGUACCUUUGUUUUGGAAGAUCGUUUUUAUUAUUAUGUAGUAGUCUGAGACACAACUGAAUUUGAACUCCAUGGAUAGCACUGAGAAUAAACCCGAUGGGGCAGACUAAAUUUGAUGCCAUUUCUUUAUUGUAAAUGUUAACAUCCUGUUUUGGCUUCUUUCAAGGCAAAGAACUAUAUCAAAAGCCUUCCAAAAGUGCAGAAAAAAGACUUUGCUGCUAUCUUGAAGUAUGCAAAUCCUUUAGGUAAGUAAAUAUAGAUGGACGUCACGAAUAAUAAAGCUGUGUGGUAUAGCAUGGCAGUGAACAAUUAAGUUUAAUUGAAGUUGGACAGAUACUUUCUGUCCUUUUCUAACAAGCUUUUCCAAUAAUUUUGCUGCUAUCUGAAAAUUCCUCUGUACAAGAUAUUUAUCCCCACCUGAAUUAAUCCAUCUCCCAUUAGGACGGCCAACUUUGAAGCAAGGUGUGGUAUAAGAGAAUGUUACUGUUUCAUUAAAAGUUAAAGGACCCCUGACAGUUAAGUAAAGUUGCGAACGACUCUGGGGUUGCGGUGCUCAUCUCGCUUUACUGGCCAAGGGAGCUGACAUUUGUCCUCAGACAGUUUUUCCGGGUCAUGUGGCCAGCAUGACUAAGCCGCUUCUGGCAAAACCAGAGCAGCGCACGGAAAUGCCGUUUACCUUCCCACCAGAGCGGUACCUAUUUAUCUACUUGCACUUUGAUGUGCUUUUGAACUGCUAGGUUGGCAGGAGCAGGGACCGAGCAAUGGGAGCUCACCCCGUCACAGGGAUUCAAACCGCCGACCUUCCGAUCGGCAAGUCAGUGGUUUAGACCACAGCGCCACCCGCGUCCCUGUUUCAUUAGUAAGGCAGAAAUAAAUAUUUUCAAAAGCUGUGUGACAGUUUCCAUACUUCAUCUUUUUGGUUUUAUUGUAAUAUUGCACCAGUAGCUACUCAGAGAAAUAAUGUGAAGCCAACUUUAUAUCAUAUACUUUUUAUUAUAAGGCUAUCUCGAGUAUUCCAGAAAGUCAAUAAAGCUGCAAAAUCUCUCUUGUUGUUUCAGCAAUCCCUUCCCCUUCCUAUCCUAAUGGCCUCAUGCUGUCCCUACUUUCGUGAUUUGUAAGGAUACGCUCUUCCUUCUAGGCGUACCUAAUAAUAAUAAUAAUAAUAUUAAUAAUAAUUUUAUUUAUACUCCGCCCUCCCCGGCCAAGACUGGGCUCAGGGUGACUAACACCAAAUACAUAAUACAUUAAAAACACAAAAUCAAACAAUUGAUUAAAAUACAGUUCAAAAUCACAUUUAAAAUCAAAUCAGGUGGGAACCCAUGAAUCACAACCGUAGGGGUAAGGAAUAUUAAAUGUUCACCAGGCCUGGCCACCCGUGCUGGUCCCAUGUGGGCCAAUAGGAGGAGCCAAGAGGCCACUUACAUACAGAGUCCCAUAGAAAGAGGGAAGAAGGAAGGGGGUCAGACUGGGUCUGGACCAAAGGCCUGGUGCAACAGCUCCAUCUUGCAGGCCCUGCGGAAAGAUGUCAGAUCCCACAGGGCCCUGGUCUCUUGCGACAGAGCAUUCCACCAGGCUGGGGCCGCAGCAGAAAAGGCUCUGGCCCUGGUCGAGGCCAGUCUAAGCUCCCUGAGGCCCAGGACCUCCAAAGUAUGAUUGUGGACCGUAAGGUCCUCCGUAGGGCGAACCAGGAGAGGCGGUCCUGUAAGUAUGAGGGUCCUAGGCCAUAUAGGGCUUUAAAGGUUAAAACCAGCACCUUAAACCUGACCCUGUACUCCACCAGGAACCAGUGCAGCUGGAUGAAUUUGCUUCAAUCCCAAGGAACUGAGUGGCCUCUGAAACUGCAAAAGCCACUCCUGAUCUAUAUGAUCGUCCAUUAGCAUAGUUAAGCUCGGCAUUAUUUUCUUAAACCUGACCUGCUGCUGGAAAAUUAAAAUCAUUACGUUUCGUGCUGGGUCUUAGUGCUUUCCCUCUCCUUUGUUGAUCCAGCUGUGAACCUUUUGGAGAAGAUGCUGGUGUUAGACGCAGAGAAGAGAGUGACGGCUGCAGAAGCUUUAGCGCACCCUUACUUUGAAGCCAUUCAUGAUCCUGAAGAGGAAACCGAAGCAGAGAAAUACGACGACACUUUUGACAACAUGGAUCUGCCCCUGGAUGAGUGGAAAUGUACGUUUGGUACAUUUUGGCAAUCUUCAGGCUAGGACAGAAAACAUCUAUGGGCUCUUGUGCAAAUAGGCUUAUAAUUAAAAUAUACUUCAGGUGAAUUUAGAAAUCCGAUGCAGUGAAUUUCUAUAUGUGUCCUCCUCCCUCCAGCCCUCAUUGGUUCUGUAUAGUUUUCCUUUCCAUUCUACUCCCGUUCCCCCAUGUUUAUCACCUAUUUAUCAACAUUUGUAUUGUGCAACAAAUCAGACUGCUAAUCCACAUAUUGCCUACUUCACUGUUUCCCAAACUUGGGGCUCCAGCCGUUUUUUUGGACUACAACUCCCAUCAUCCCUAGCUAUCAGGACCAGUGGUCAGGGAUUAUGGGAACUGUAGUCCAAAAACAGCUGGAGUCCCAUGUUUGGGAAACAGGUCUUAGGCCAGGGAUGGGGAAUCUAUGGACAUCAGGUGCAAUUGGACUCUGACCCCCCCAUCAGCCCUAGCCAGCAUGACCAAUAGUUAGGAUGAUGGCAGCUAUAUCCAGUAACAUCUGGAGAGGCACAGGUUCUCCAUCGCUGGCCUAAGAAUGGCAGACGUAAUGUAGAAAGCCAUUGUAGACAGUUUCCAUUAGGACAGCUUCCUGUCUUAAGCAGAGGACAUUCUGAGCCCUAAUUCCUGCAAUUUUAAGAGGAUAUGCCUGAAAUAGGAUCUGGCAUCUUCUAUUUGCAAAGUGUGUGUUUGACAACAUGAGUUAUGGCUCUCCACUCAAUUGUCAUGUCAUCUACCUUCUCCUCUUGCAUAGUUUUGGUUUCACUGCUGUUGAUUCAUCAAGCCAGUCUGACCUGUUGUAAUACCUAUAAUAGGGAUUAUAUACCGUAUUUCUCGCUCUAUAACACUCACCCAACCAUAACACACACGUAGAGGAGGAAAAUCCGUAGGCAUGCCACCCGUAGGCAUUCCCUCCAUAACACGCACAGACAUUUUCCCUUACUUUCUAGGAGGAAAAAAGUGAGUGUUAUGGUGCAAAAAAUACGGUAUAUAUAUAUAUACCGUAUAAAAUAUUAUAGUUAAUAAUGAAGAUAUAGAUCAGGCAUAGGCAAACUCAGCCCUCCAGAUGUUUUGGGACUACAACUCCCUAGCUAACAGGCCCAGUGGUCAGGGAUGAUGGGAAUUGUAGUCUCAAAACAUCUGGAGGACAGAGUUUGCCUAUGCCUGAUAUAGAUGUUAUUAACAUAUAAUUAAUUAUAGCUAAAUCAGAGGCCCUCACACUCUCAAUGAUGGGGGUGGGAUAUUUUCCCUGUCUGGUGGUACUUCACAAUAAGAAAUAGGGAUGUGAGUCAUUAUUUCCCUGAAUGCGAAAGCAAUUCUUUUUCUUUCUUGUUUCCCCAGGCAUCACAUUCAAAGAAGUGACGAACUUUAAGCCUCCACAGUUGCCCGAGUCGAAAGAGACAGCAGUGUAAAACCACUGGGACCAAUUUCCUUAGAAAUCAAAUGAAGGAAGGAGGGUGUAAAAUUUUAAAUAUAUAUAUAAUUUAAUUGUACAAACCUUUUUAUAAAUAAACUGGAUGUAAUCUGUCUAA